AAUAUUUUUAAUGCCGCACCUGGCUCUGUAAAUAGACUUAUCAUACACUUAUCAAAUGAAGUAACCUGCUUUUUGUUACUAAGGUAAAGACAUUUUGUUUUUGUAUGCUUACGUGUUGUUAUUUUCUUGCUCUGUCUUUAUAUCAGUUUCUACAGUAUUUUUUUGUUGUUCCAAGGACUCGAUCCUCUGACGACAUGUAUUCAACUCUUCCCUGAAAGAAACAGUAAUUCACACAUAUUUACAGUAUUCCAUCACUCAAAAAAUGAUAGUCUUGGGGAGAGAGAAUUCUAUAAAAUAUAAAUUUGUGUUUUUAGCUACCUUGGACCAAUAAGUGCUGUUUUUGUUUUAGUAAACAGGGUCAGUUAGAAUAGGAGACAGAAAGAGACACUAAAUGGUAGGGAGAUUGGGAUACAGGCAGACAUCAGUAUUUCUAUGAUACUACCAUGGAUAAACUAAUGUGAGAAUUCAUAGUAAAUUAACAUGGAUUUUAAAGUAAGUAGCUGAACUGAAAGUUAGAUCAUUGUUAGAGUUUGGCUAUUUUGACCUUAAAUUUGGAAUUCAAUUUGAAUUCUCACUGUAAUGGUGUAAUUGUCAGAAACCUUAUGAAGGUUUAAAUAGAGAAGGAGGCAAACAGUUAGAUUAAAGGCACACUAUAGUCACAAACGUCUUUAGCUUAUUGAAGCAGUUUUGAUGUCCCUGCAGUCUCACUGCUCAAUUCUCUGCCAUUGUUGUUUUGUGACUAUUAUGUCCCUUUAAGUAAGAUCGGAAUGCUCAGAAGCAUAUACAUCAUAUAUACAUCAGUAUCACUAUUAUAUCUUACUUGCGCUCACUAGUUAUAUGUGGUACUGCAAUUUAAAAUAUAUAUAUAUAUAUAUAUAUAUAUAUAUAUAUAUAUAUAUAUAUUUCUUCACAUAAGAUCAACUAGGCUCCGAGCACAUUUCUGAAACCUGCAUAGUAGAAUUUAUUGUUAAAAAGAUCUGUUGUUUGUAGUUAAAUCUGGAACAGCAACAUUUCAAAUGAAUUCAGCUUUAAAUCAGAGUUUCAGAGUUGGCUGCAUUAUUUUCGACAGAACAAAUAUUGCAUUUUCCAAAUAACAACUGGGUUGUGUUACUGGUAAAAAGCCCUGACUUGGAAUGCUUGAACUGGUUUGAAACUCCUUUGGUUUGAGCUUCAGAAAAAAAAAAAAAAAAGACAAAAUUAAUCAAUAAUCCUAUUUCUUUAUUUCCAUCUCAGACCUCCACACAGUGAGAUCAUCCUCCUAACCUGCACACUACUGAAACUGACUAGCAAUGUUUUUUUUUAUAUGUUUGUACUCAGAAAUAUACAAACCUGAGUUUCUGGAUCAGGGAUUCUUUGUCUUGCUGUAUACUGUCCAGUUGGUUCAUUUUUUUACGAAAUCGAUAGGUUUGAACUCUGUUUGUAUGCCUUGUAGUUUUCUUUGUCAACUCCAGGUCUACAGAAUGUGUUUCACUUUGCCUAGAUGGAAACUAAAUGUUACUAAUAUCACAUACAUUUUUACCAAAUAUUUUCAAAACACUAGAUAGUCACCUUUUAAACUAAAGUUCCAAAUCAACAAGUGUUAUGACAGCUGAUAUUUUUUGUAGAGUGUGCUCUAUUAAAAGUAGCUAAUAAUGGCACAACAAGCAAAAAAACUGUGACAAAGAAUAUUUCUAUUGGUUAACCCAGUGGUUUCCAAACUCUUUAGUUUCAAGGCGGCCUUAAUAUUUCAAUAUUUUUCCAAGGCGCCCCAAGUCAAAACUAUUUUCUAGGUUGUAUAUAUGUACAGCGCUGCGGCAUAUACUGGGCCCCUAAUCUUGAGAGUGGCACUGGUAGAUUAUUUAAAGAAACAAUCCAGGCACAAUAACCACUACAUUAGGUUGUAGUGGUAAAGGUGCCUGUAGUGCCGUAGUACCCUCCCAGGGUAAGUAGUCAAACUGUUUAAGAACAAUUUGACAACUUACCUGGGGUCUGCCGAGAUAGGGGCUGUAGUGUGUGUGUGUGUGUGUGUGAGGUGUGCAGUGUGCGUGUGUGUGUGUACAGGCAUGCAGUGUGCAUGUGUGUACAGGGAUGCAGUGUGCGCGUGUGUACAGGGAUGCAGUGUGCGCGUGUGUACAGGGAUGCAGUGUGCGUGUGUGUGUGAGGGGUGCAGUGUGCGUAUAGGGGUGCAGUGUGUUUGUGAAUAAUGUAGUUUGUGUGUGAGGGGUGCAGUGUAUGUGUACAUGGGCAGUUUGUGCAUGAUGGGUACAGUGUGUGUAAGCGGUGCAAUGUGUGUGGGGGUUAAUUGUGUUUAUGGGUGCAGUGUAUGUAUGGGGGGGCUAUUGUGGGGUCUGUGAGGAUAGGAGAACAAAUUAAUAAAUGAUAUAUAUAUUGUAUAUACUAAGUGUGAUCAUAAUGUGUUUCCUUUUCUACCAUAUAUUUCUCUGUAUCUCCUAAAUAUGAAGACCAGUGACUGUACAAUUUGCUCUCUAACGUUUGCAUGUUUAAAAAGCACAUUUUGUGAACUUCAACAUGUAGUGUAUGAUUUAGGCAAUUGCUUUCUCAAAAUACAUACUAGCAAAUGUACUGAAUUAGGCAUAGUGAGAAACCAAGGGUCGCUCCACUGCCCAAAUACAAAAUAUCACUGUUUAGUAUGUAUACCCCAAAUGAAAACAUGCAUGCAUUUAAUGAUGUAUUUUUUAAUUGGAGUUAUAUCUAAAAACAGCUUGCAAAAACUGCAGAGCUCUUGUAUGCUGCCUUUGCAAGCCCUUCUUUUCUAACCCCCGCCCAGAAUUUCUGUGGCUGUCCAAUCACAGACUUCCCAAUGCAGCUCAAUGAUAAGUCUUUGCAAGGCAGGUGCUCUGGGCAAUUGCGGCCUCUUGAGUUCAGUGGAAAUAAGCUAAUCAUACCAGGAAGUAACAAGACUUGUUGCAUGUUUGAAAAGUCAGGGGGGACCAAAAAUUACAGUGCACCUUCCCAGAGAUACAUUUACCGCGAGGCUAACAAGUCAUUUGCCUUGGGCCCCACCUUCCAGGGGGUGGCAAAAAACACCCUCCCCAAAUGCUCAGGCAAAUGCCUUGUUAAAAAUAGACACAUGCCUUGUUAACCUAGUUUUAUGUGGGCCCAAGAGCUGGCCGGCUUGCCACCUUUAUGCCCCAUCUGGGGAGGCAGCCAGUUGAGUUACGGGCGAGUGGAGAAGGAAGCUGAGCAGGAAGAGCUCACAAACCAGCGCUCCCCACAAUCACUAGGUGGCGCGCACGAAGGAGCUGAGCAGGAAGUUCACAGCUCCCUCACCGCCUACUUUGGCCGCCCUCAAGCCUGCCAGCCCGCCUACCUGCCUGCCCAGCAGCCCCACUGGACCCCAGGUAAAUAAUCCACCCAGCUCUCCCAAAAGUAGGGAGGCUGGUUAGAUUAAAUUAAAAAAAUAAUAAUAAUAAUUUGUGAGUGUUGGGUAAAUGUGUGUGUCUGCGUUUUGUUUCUCAGUGAAUGUGUGUGCGUCUGUCAGUGCCUGUGUGUGCCUGAAUCAUUGUGUGUGUCUGUCAGAUUGUGUCACAUCAGUGAGUGUGUGUUUGUGUCAGUCAAAAUGCGUGUUAUUCUUUAACAGGAAGAGGUGCGGCCUUGGCAGGAAGGGAUUGGGCAAAUUUGAAUGAGGGGGUGCCCGAGUCUUUUUUCAUGUGUCUGACCUCUGUCUAACCCUUGAAGCCAUAUAAAACCGUGAAGCCAUAUAAAACAUCCCCAUGCACAUUUAUAAAUUGGAAAUUUCAAUAAUAAAAACAAAUCUUUCUAAGCAGGUUGAACCAUAGACAAAUCUGCUGGAUGAGCAAGUGGUAAAAGGGUUACUACCAAAACUGUGGGUUAACCCAGCGGUUCCCAAACUGUGCCGGGGCACCCCAGGGCACAAAGGGUAGCCACAAGUUAUUUUCCUGGUGCUAUGAUGAUAGCACCGGGAACUGUGCUCUCCCCUGCCGUCUCUGCAGGACCAGAGGGGAGAUCAGAGAUCUCCCUCUCCGGCUCGCUAGCACUUUGCUGACAGCUGGCAGGGGAGGGAGGACCCGGGGGAGCUCUAACCUGCAGCUCCGCCGGGUUCUCCUCUCACAAGCUCAAAGCGUUGCUGUAGUUACCACGGCAACACCCGAAUCUCGCGAGAGAGAACUCUAGCAGCUCCUGAAGCUGCUAGAGUUCACUGUCACCACCAGGGAUUGCAGGAAAUGCCCCACCUCCCAGGCAAAGGUAAGCAGGGAAGGGGGACAUCAUUUUAUAAAAAAAAAAAAAUUAUAUAAAAAAAUAGACCAGUCCUUGCACUCAGAUUGACCCUGCUAUGUUAAGCAUAAUAUUGAAUGCCGGGUGCUAAAAACCACAGCCAAAAGGUACAAAAAUAUUUAAAAUGUAGGCUAGCGCUAACGGUCUUGUAGUUAUGGAAUAACUGAAUAAAGGUGUAAUCUUUAGAGGGAAAUCAAAUGUAGGGAUCAUGUGAACCUCAGUAACACUUGCAAAAUACAAAAUGUACAAUUUUUAUUUUAAACAAGAAAUGUUUCUCAGAUUAUUUUUGUAAAACUCUCUUGUGCGUACCAGAACAUUUUGCCAUUGUAAAGAAAGGUAAAUGUAAAAGCUUUAUAAUACGCUACUAUGUUGAAAUAACACUUCUAGCUCUUUUUCUGUAUGCGUGUCUGUAGGGUUACUGGAAAUGAUCCCACUUAAAUGUAAAAUAUAACAAUUGCACAUAUUGAGAAUGGAGUGUUUAUAAUCUCCUUCUAUUCGGUGUAUAUCUCAAACUAUAUAUAAUUACAAUAAAAGCAAGUUUAAAGAACAUUUUUCUCUAAGCGUGGCAAGUUAUACUUUACAGAUAUCCAUUGUUUGGUUACACUUACCAGCUGAAGUCAUCUUCAGAGUUGUCACUUAUUUCAUCAAUGGCAUCUUCAGACUGAGAUUUUUCCACUGCAUAUUCAAAGGGGAAUUUGUUGCCUUCUAACAAAAAAAAAAAUUCAAAAAUAAAAACGUGUGAUUACUACUAAGGGGCUAAAUACAAAUCUGUAUUCCUAACACUAUAUGCCCUUCCCUUGCUUCUCCUUGGCAUUUAAAGUGUUAAGAGAAAAAAAAACAAACCUUAAUCCACUCACCCGAUUCCAGUGCCAAUGUCCCUUGGUGCUGGGUUGGCACUCUGCCUUCUCCGACUUCAUCUGACGGGGAGGGCUAAUGCGCAUGCGUGGCAAGCGCCGCAAGAGCAUUAGGCCCUCCCAAUAGGAAAGCAUUGCCUCAAUGUAUUCCUGUGGAGUUUUCACUGUUGCUGGAUGUCCUCAUACAGAGUGUGAGGACAUCCAGGGUCAUUUCGGCGACCUUGAAUCUGUUAACAUCCAGGAAGUGAACCAAAGUGAACUUAGUACAAUCUGGAUAUAAUGUCCAGACUCUACUAAUCAAAUGAGUGGAGCGCUAAAGGUAUAACCUUACCCUAAAAUAGGGUUAAAUCUCAGAUGUAUAUCAGUACAUAUAAAGGAAACAAAAAAUAAAACACAAUAUAGUGUAAAUCCACAGGUGUUAAUGUAUUUUGGUGAUAAUUCAAGUAGUCAAACUCACAUUGAUCAGAGCCUCAAAAGGGACAGGCUCAAAUCACUUGCACAGUAGUGUCGUAUGGAGACACUGCACCUUUUUGCCUGGAAUGGAUUUCCUCAAAGGAGAGAGAAAGGGAGACUUCGUAGUGUAUUAAGUUUCAACAAAAAAUUAAUAAAACACAGUGGUUAUGGUUGUGCUCACCUUUUCCUGAGCCAAUGAGAACCUGGCUCUGGAUGAUAGACCUGGGUACCUCUAGAGGGGGGCACCUGCCCUUCUUUAGCAGCAAGAUGAAGUUAGAAGCUGAUGGGAAUUGGUCAGAGCCUUAAAGGGACAGGCUCAAAUCACUUGCACAGUGGUGUCGUAUGGAGAUACUGCAUCCUUUUGCUUGGAAUGGAUUUCCUUUUCCUGAGCCAAUGAGAACCUGGCUCUGGAUGAUAGACCUGGGUAUGUGAGGACCGCCCACUGGAUGAAGAAACCGGCAUAUUUAAAAAGCAGCAUGAAGACAAUGAGGAUACCGAUUGAAAAAGCCCCCAUAGUGUGGGUGAAACGCAUCUUGGGACUGGAGCUAAUUACUGGGACAUUCUUUAUUUUAUAUAGAAGCAACUGGACAUUUUUAUUUAAUUCUAUGUUUUUGUUUUUAUAUUUAAAGUUGCAAUAAAUGUAUGUAUUUUAAACCAAGUCCCAUCAGCUUCUAACUUCAUCUUGCUGCUAAAGAAGGGCAGGUGCCCCCCUCUAGAGGUACCCAGGUCUAUCAUCCAGAGCCAGGUUCUCAUUGGCUCAGGAAAAGGAAAUCCAUUCCAAACAAAAGGGUGCAGUGUCUCCAUACAACACCACUGUGCAAGUGAUUUGAGCCUGUCCCUUUAAGGCUCUGACCAAUUCCCAUCAGCUUCUAACUUCAUCUUGCUGCUAAAGAAGGGCAGGUGCCCCCCCCCCUCUAGAGGUACCCAGGUCUAUCAUCCAGAGCCAGGUUCUCAUUGGCUCAGGAAAAGGUGAGCACAACCAUAACCACUGUGUUUUUUAUUUUUUGUUGAAACUUAAUACACUAGGAAGUCUUCCUUUCUCUCUCCUUUGAGGAAAUCCAUUCCAGGCAAAAGGGUGCAGUGUCUCCAUAUGACACUACUGUGCAAGUGAUUUGAGCCUGUCCCUUUGAGGCUCUGAUCAAUGUAAGUUUGAUUACUUGAAUUAUCACCAAAAUACAUUACCACCUGUGGAUUUACACUAUAUUGUGUUUUAUUUUUUGUUUCCUUUAUAUGUACUGAUAUACAUCUGAGAUUUAACCCUAUUUUAGGGUAAGUUUAUACCUUUAGCGCUCCACUCAUUUGAUUAGUAGAGUCUGGACAUUAUAUCCAGAUUGUACUAAGUUCACUUUGGUUCAUUACUAUAAUUAGUGGGGAUAAGAGAGUAUCCACUAGAGUGUUUAGCUGCUUAUUUUUAACUCAAUUACAUUUGUAAGCGCACUAUACACAGUAAUCACCAAUCUGUGUGUUUUGUUAACAUCCAGGAAGUGCCCCUAGUGGCUGUCUGAUUGUCAGCCAUUAGAGGCAGUCCUAUUCCUAGUCCUGCAAUGUAAGUGGGACUGUGGCACUGCACCCAGACCACUUUAAUGAGCUGAAGGGGGUCGGGUGGCUAUAGUUUCCCUCUUAUAAAUAUGAGAGGUUAGGACUAGAAAUAGGCAUUGGGAUGAGUACAUAAUACCAAUAAAAAUGAACUAGGAAACCCAUUUACAGAAUAAAAUAUCCACAUUUUAAGAAAGGAUACUGGUGUUUGUUUUGUAAUAACAUCCCCUCACCUUCUGUUUGCUCAUCUUGGGUCCAAAGAUAAUCAGGUAGAAUGUCAUCUUCUUCAAGCAUUGAUGGCUCAUCAUAUAGGAGGCCUGAUUCUUCCAGGGGGUUGUCAGAAGGUGCGACAAUGUCCAUGGCUAUACAGUUACUAUGUAAAUAGGAAUAUGAUGUAUGUAAGAUAGAGAGUUAAAGAGUAGAAGAAAUGUUUUGGAAAGGCUGUAUCUCUGUAAGAAUGACACUCGAAACAGCAAUUUAUUGUUUUAAUAUAAUUACAUUUUUACAACAUCAAAACAAAUUACAAGCAUAUUAAAGCUCAAAUUAAGACAAUUUACCUUACUAAAAAUGCAUACUGCUCUACUUAGUUUGUCUUUUGAAAAACCAAUAAUUGUCUGUUGAUCAAAAAUACUACAAGGAACCCUUAUCUAAAUUUAAUUUAUAGAUGAAGAAGCCACAAAUUUGACAGAUAUUGGUUUCUCCUGUGAAAUACCUGGUUGUCUAUAUUUAAAGGACCACUAUAGUGCCAGGAAAACAAACUUGUUUCCCCCACCCCCAGGGCACACCUCCCGCUGGGCUGAAGGGGUUAAAACCCCUUCAGCCACUUACCUUUCUCCAGCGCCAGGCUCCCUCAGCGCUGGUGACCUCUCCUCCUGCUGUCAGCGGUGAAUGCGCAUGCGCAUUCAAACCGCUCGUAGGAAAGCAUUACUCAAUGCUUGUGAUUCACAGUGAGAAUCGCGGGAGCGGCCUCCAGUGGCUGGCUGCUAGAGGCUGGAUUAACCCUCAGUUCUCUGAAACUGUUAUGUUUUCAGCUGCAGGGUUAAAACUAGAGGGACCUGGCACCCAGACCACUUCACUGAGCUCAAGUGGUCUGGGUGCUUAUAGUGGUCCUUUAAUUAAUGCAUAUAUAAUAUACACAUUUUAUUAAUAUACAUAAUAUAUACACACAUUUAAUUAAUAUAUAAUAUAUACAUUUGUGUGUGGAGACUGUAGUGUACAUGUCCCAAAUGUGUCUCUGUAACUACCAAAAAUGUAUAUUUGUGAGAAACUGCUAUGGGAAAGGUUAUGUAACUGAAUAGCUGCAUUAUCUAUAUAUGAAUGCCCAAAAUACACAUUUUAUCUCCUCAUAAAUGCAGCUUUUAAAACUGAACUUGCCACAUCCUGACUUUCACUCUAUAACUUCACAUAGCUGGCAUCAACUUCAGUGAUGGGCAGCCUUUAGAAGCUCAGCUGUUAUGGACUGCCACUCCCAUAAGGCUCAGCCAUACAGGGCACAAAGGGAGACAUAGUACAACAACAGGAGUUCCACAGGGUUGACAAAGGUGGCCAAUAUUUAAAUGGAAACUAAAUAAAAGCACUUUACCUGCUGUGUGGUCUCCGAGUUCCAAUGUUUCUGUACUGGGUACAAUGUAUACAAUCAGGCCUUUCCCACCAUUGAAAAGUAAAGAGCAAGUUGGACGCGUCGCCAUGGCAACGGAGCGAUCCAUUCCUCACAGGAGAGGGGGUACUUCUGUUUCAGUGAGCAGCAAAGCUACAUUUGCCCCGUCCUUUUUGAAUAUUCUUUUAGUUUUGCUGGAGAUUACUUUUCUUGUUAUUAGUAAUAUUCAUGCCAAGCUUCUAGGAAUUCAGUAUUUAUUUAAAGGGUUUUGGUCAUUUGACACCCCACCCCCCCAGCCAUCAGGUUGUGUUGGUAUGUCUCAAUAUGGAGACAGUGUUACAGAAGAAACAAGUAGAGUAAAUUAAAUGUUAUUUAAAAGUUUCUCUGACAGCCCUCUUGGCAGAGGAGAAGUAAAAUGAAGAGAUUCUAAAUGAUCUUAAAUGACUUUACAGCUAAUGGACUGCAACUCUCAUGACCCUCAGCAUUUGUGAUCCUUACCUCUCAAUUGCUCCUGUUCAGGAGGGACAGGAGGGAGUCUUUAUUUUGGACACACAUCCUUUUGUCCCUCCUUUCUAGGAGCUCCAUAAUAUUGCCUCUGAGUGAAUAACAGUGUUCUACAGCAUGGGUCCUCAAAUUCCGGCCCCCCAGAUGUUGCAGAACUACAACUCGCAUUAUUCUCUGGCUAUCUGUGUAAUUCAAAGAAUCAUGGGAGUUGUAGUUCAGCAACAUAUGGGGGGCCUGAGUUUGAGGACUGCAAUAAUACAGUACUGUGUCUUUAACCCCUUAAGGACGGAGUCAAUAGUGCGUUGUGAUCAAAACAAAGUAAACAAAAACUGGAAUUUGCACUAUUUGUCUGUUCAACCAUAAUUCACCUCUUUCAUAUUAAAGGACCACUAUAGUGCCAGGAAAACAUACUCGUUUUCAUGGCACUAUAGUGCCCUGAGGGUGCCCCCACCCUCAGGGACCCCCUCCCGCCCUGCUCUGGAAAGGGGAGAAGGGGUAAAACUUACCUUUUUCCAGCGCUGGGCAGAGAGCUCUCUGCCUCCGAUCCUCCUCCGUUCCGCCCCGUCGGCUGAAUGCGCACGCGCGGCAAUAUUAUCAAUGCUUUCCUAUGGACGCUUGCGUGCUCUCACUGUGAUUUUCACAGUGAGAAUCACGCAAGCGCCUCUAGCGGCUGUCAAUGAGACAGCCGCUAGAGGAAUAGGGGAAGGCUUAACCCAUUGAUAAACAUAGCAGUUUCUCUGAAACUGCUAUGUUUAUUAAAAAAUGGGUUAACCCUAGCUGGACCUGGCACCCAGACCACUUCAUUAAGCUGAAGUGGUCUGGGUGCCUAGAGUGGUCCUUUAAGUGAACAUAUUAAUAGCACACUUAUAUAUGAUUUUGUUCAGGAGAAACAGGGCUUUUAUUUCAUAUCAAAUAUUUCUAUAUGAAACAUAAUUUAAUAUGAAUAAAAUCUUUAAAAAUAAAAGUAUGAGAAAUUAAGAAAUUGUUAUUUUUCAAGUUCUGCAUGACAUUUUAACUAUGAAUGAUACUGUUGGCUUUUACGGAAAUAAAAUAGACAUAUUUGUAUUCAGAAAUGUCUCAUGAGUACAACGGUACCACCCAUGUACAGGUGUUAUGGGUUUUUGGAACAUACAAGGGUCAAAUGUAGGGCUUUCCCUUUUUCCAUGUUUGCACAUCGAAAUUUGCCAGAUUGGUUUGCUGGGCCUAUGUUGCCUUUGAGACAGUAUGGCAGCCCAGGAAUGAAAAUUAACCCCAUCAUGGCAUACCAUUUGUAAAAUUAGACAACCCACGGUAUUCAAAAUGGGGUAUUAUCAGUAUAAUAAAUUUUACUGCUCUAAAACACUUAUAUUUGUGUAGAAUAAUGUCUCUUGAGUACAACAGUACCCCUCAAGUGCGGGUUUUAUGGUGAUUUCGAACGUUACCGGGUCAAAAUAAGAUUUGACAAUUUCUGUUUUUGCUAAUUGCUAUUUUUCCAGAAUGGCUAUGUUGCCUUUGAGACGGUAUGGCAGCCCAGAAAUGAAAAUUAACCCCACCAUGACAUACCAUUUGAAAAAGUAUGCAACCCAGGGUAUUCAAAAUGUGGUAUGUCCAGUCUUUUGUAGUAGCCACUUAGUCACAAACGCUGGCCAAAGUUAGCGUUAAUAUUUGUUUUUUGCAUUUUUUUAAAUGCAAAAACUGAACUUUUACUGGUGAUAUCAUUGUUGUGAUUAGUUUUACUGUUUUAAAGCACUCAUAUUUGUGUUCAGCGAAGUCUUCCGAGUAUAACAAUAACCGCCAUGUACAGGUUUUAGGGUGUUUUGGAAAGUUACAGGGUCAAUAUAGGGCUUGCCCAUUUCAAUUAGCCAGAUUGGUUUGCUGGGUCUAUGUUGCCUUUUGAGACUAUAUGGUAGCCCAGGAAUGUAAAUUAACAGCAACAUGGUACACCAUUUGCAAAUGUAGACAACCCAGGAUAUUCAACAUGGAGUAUGUCUAGUAUUUUGUAGUAGCCACUUAGUCACAAACACUUUCCAAAGUUAGUGUUCUUAUUUGUUUUUUGCAUUUUUUCACGCAAAACAGCACUUUUACUGGUGAUAUCCUCGUCGUGAUAAGUUUUACUGUUUUAAAACACCCAUAUUUGUGUUCAGCGAAGUCUCCCGAGUAUAACAAAAUCCGCCCGUGUACAGGUUUUAGGGUGUUUUAGAAAGUUACAGGGCUAAAUAUAGGGCUUAAUACAAAUGUAACAAAAAAUAAUCUCUCAAUAUCACACAAUUAAAGUGCUUAGGUAGAAUAAAGUGUAUAUAAGUGUAAUUGCACUAAUUUUAAGAUAAACAAGUGCAUGUAUUAAAACAUGUAACUAACCUUCUAGCAAUGGGGUUACCUGAAGAUCUCCUCAAAUUUUCAAUCAGUAUAAUUGCCAGAUAUAGGGUUUGUCCAGCUAGGGCAGACAAGAAUGAUACAACAUAGUUGAUACAACAAAAUGUAUUUACUUACACAGAAGUAAAAGACAGCUGACAUGACAUCAAGAGAUUCACAAGAUAAUUCAAGUCCUACGCGUUUCAUCCCUCUCAGGGACUUCCUCAGGGACUGUUUCUCAAUUCAAGAUAAAUACAAAGUGCAUCUGGAGUGUCUGCAUGGGUUGUCAGGUAGGUCCCUCAAAUUAUAAUGAAUAUAAUCCAAUAAUUAUGUAAAAUUAAUAGUUUAAUAUAUAUGUAGGAGAGAUAGAUAGAGAUAUAUUUGUAGUCGGGGACAAAAGCCGUAUACAUGAUAAGUUAGAUAUAUGAGCAAGUCGGUUGUGGUGUGCCGAAACCGACGUAUCGGGUAGGCCUGUAAUAAAAGAGGGCCCACCUGUAAUAGUAAUAUAUAUAAGGGGAGAGGUGGGAGGGAUGAACCAGGCAGCCGAAUGCGCAUUAGCCCUUUGCCAUAGGAGAGCAUUGAAUCAAUGCUUUCCUAUGGUGAUUUCACUGACGCUGUAUGUUCUCAUACAGAGUGUGAUGAUGUCCAGCAUUGUUUAGGGAGUCUGAGUACACUAGAAUCCAGGAAGUGCCUGGUAGACAGCCAUUGUAGGCAGUUUUAGUACUGCAAUGUUUUACUUUGCAGGGCUAAGGGGGACAGAGACAGUACACCCAGGCCUGGGUCUGGGUGCUUAUCGUGUCCCUUUAACUUUCUCAGAACAGCCCCAACCCUAGUCACACCCCUAAAAUAAAUAAAGUAUCCUUCUUUGACUAUUUGAUGCUUCUGCUCUUCCUCACUGCUUCCUCGCGUGAUGCCGGGAGCCAGAAUUUUAAAUCACUCCAGCCCCUGUAUCACUAAAUGGCGAGUGAGGGAGCAAUGAGAAAUAACAAAAAGGUUCGAGCAGCCCAAUACUAGACCCCAGGGAGAGGACUUACUGGACCCCAACACCAGCUCUCCCAAAGGUGGGAAGCCUUGGUGGGCCUUAGAAAUGUAUUUAAAAAAAUAUAUAAAUAACAUAUAGGCGUAUAGACACCCUCCUCAUGGGAGGGCUCCCAUUCCCUUUCCCCUAUUUAAGCACAGAUAACCCUAGGGCAGUGAUGGCGAACCUUUUUGAGCCCGAGUGUCCAAACCACAUGCCAACUUUUUUUCCCUCAAAGUGCCAACACGGCAAUUAAACCUGAAUACUGAGGUUUAAGUUUAGAAAAAACAACUUGUACAGUUGUCAGAACUAAUUAACAACUUUGUAUUAAAAGAAGAACACAACAGAGAGUUAAAUGAUAAAAAAUUUAAAUAAUGAUAUAAAUAGAUAAAAUUAAGCUUAUAUUUAUUAGUAUCUCCAACAAAUGCAAUACAUACACACAGACUGCUAAACACAUUCACAUACCAGCCGCUAAAUACACAUACAGACAGACUGCUGAGUACACACAGACUGCUGAGUACACACACACACUGUCUGCUGAGUACACACACAGUCUGCUGAGUACACACACACACACAGUCUGCUGAAUACACACACACACACAGUCUGCUGAAUACAUACACACAAAGACUGCUGAAUACACAAACACACAAACUGCUGAAUACACACACACACAGACAGACUGCUGAAUACACACACACAUACUGCAUUAAGGUUUGUGUGUAAGGGUGUGGAGUGCUGUGUGUGUGAGGGGUGCUGUGUGUGUGAGGGGUGCUGACAGACAGACUGCUGAGUACACACAGACUGCUGAGUACACACACACACUGUCUGCUGAGUACACACACACACACAGUCUGCUGAGUACACACACACAGUUUGCUGAAUACACACACACACAGUCUGCUGAAUACACACACACACAGUCUGCUGAAUACACACACACAAAGACUGCUGAAUACACAAACACACAGACUGCUGAAUACACACACGCACAUACAGACUGCUGAAUACACACAGACUGCUGAAUACACACACACAUACUGCAUUAAGGGGUGCAGUGUAUGUGUUUGUGUGUAAGGGUGUGGAGUGCUGUGCGUGUGAGGGGUGCUGUGCGUGUGAGGGGUGCUGUGUGUGUGAGGGGUGCUGUGUGUUUGUGUGUGUGUGUGAGGGGUGCUGUGUGUGUAUGUGUCUGAGGGAUGCUGUGUGUGUGUGUCUGAGGGAUGCUGUGUGUGUGUGUCUGAGAGGUGCUGCGUGUGUCUGUCUGAGGGGUGCUGUGUAUGUGUGUCUGUCCAUAUGAGGGGUGCUGUGUGUGUGUGUGUGUGUGUCUGUCUGAGGGGUGCAGUGUGUGUGUUUGUCUGUCUGAGGGGUGCAGUGUGUGUGUGUCUGAGGGGUGCAGUGUGUGUGUCUGAGGGAUGCAGUGUGUGUGUGUGGGGGUGCUGUGUGUGUGCGGGUGCUGUUUGUGUGCGGGGUAGGGGUGCUGUGUGUGUGGGAAGGGGUGCUGUGUGUGGGGGGUAGGGUGAUGUGUGGUGGGGUGCUGUGUAGGGGUGGUGUGGUGUGUGGGCGGUAGGGGUGGUGUGGUGUGGGGGGUAGGGGUACAUUAAAAAAUAUAUAUUUAUUAAUUCUGUAUCCCCCCCCUCCCUUCCUUACAUUUGGUGAAGGAGUGGGGGGGACACACAGCUAUCCCUGGUGGUCCGGUGGUGGUAAGUAGGUUUGUGUGAAGCAGCUCUCCUGUACUCCCACUGCUGAAUACACAAACACACAGACUGCUGAAUACACACACGCACAGACAGACUGCUGAAUACACACACACAGACUGCUGAAUACACACACAUACUGCAUUAAGGGGUGCAGUGUAUGUGUUUGUGUGUAAGGGUAUGGAGUGCUGUGUGUGUGUGAGGGGUGCUGUGUGUGUGAGGGGUGCUGACAGACAGACUGCUGGGUACACACAGACUGCUGAGUACACACACACACACACUGUCUGCUGAGUACACACGCACAGUCUGCUGAGUACACACACACACAGUCUGCUGAGUACACACACACAGUUUGCUGAAUACACACACACACAGUCUGCUAAAUACACACACACAAAGACUACUGAAUACACAAACACACAGACUGCUGAAUACACACACACACAGACAGACUGCUGAAUACACACACACAGACUGCUGAAUACACACACACAUAUUGCAUUAAGGGGUGCAGUGUAUGUGUUUGUGUGUAAGGGUGUGGAGUGCUGUGCGUGUGAGGGGUGCUUUGCGUGUGAGGGGUGCUGUGCAUGUGAGGGGUGCUGUGUGUUUGUGUGUGUGUGUGUGAGGGGUGCUGUGUGUGUAUGUGUCUGAGGGAUGCUGUGUGUGUGUCUGAGGGAUGCUGUGUGUGUUUGUCUGAGGGGUGCUGCGUGUGUCUGUCUGAGGGGUGCUGUGUGUGUGUGUCUGUCCAUCUGAGGGGUGCUGUGUGUGUGUGUGUGUCUGUCUGAGGGGUGCUGUGUGUGUGUCUGUCUGAGGGGUGCAGUGUGUGUGUGUCUGAGGGGUGCAGUGUGUGUGUCUGAGGGAUGCAGUGUGUGUGUGGGGGUGCUGUGUGUGUGCGGGUGCUGUUUGUGUGCGGGUGCUGUUCGUGUGCGGGGUAGGGGUGCUAUGUGUGUGGGAAGGGGUGCUGUGUGUGGGGGGUAGGGUGAUGUAUGGGGGGGUGCUGAGUGUGGGCGGGUAGGGUGCUGUGUGUGGGGUAGGGGUACAUUAAAAAAUAUAUAUUUAUUCAUUCUGUAUCCCCCCCUCCCUUCCUCUUACCUUUGGUGAAGGAGUGGGGGGGGACACACAGCUAUCCCUGGUGGUCCGGUGGUGGUAAGUAGGUUUGUGUGAAGCAGCUCUCCUGUACUCCCGCACGACUGUGUGGAGCAUUGCCAUGGUAACGCGCGGCAACGCUCCACACAGCAUUGCGCGGGAGGACAGGAGAGCUGCUUCCUAGAGCCCUCCCCCUGUCUCCCAACACGGAAGCAGAGUAGGCGCCUGCCGUUUCGGGCAGGCAGGUGCCUACUCUGCAGACAGAAAGCGGCUCCCUUUCCCGGCGACCUAUGGCCACGUGCCCACAGAGAGGGCCCGUCGUGCCACCUGUGGCACGCGUGCCGUAGGUUCGCCAUCACUGCCCUAGGGUCUGUGCUCAGUUCUUUUGUUGUUCCCCUUGAGUACAGAGCCAGCUCCCAACUGAAGUGAGUUGACUACCCUUACCUGUGGAAUUCACCUGAAUCAACUCUUUUCUGCCUGGAACCUGCCUACAACCUUGAUUAACCCCUGCAGUGCUAAUUCAAUCCUGGUUAACCCCUGCAAUGCUGAUUCAACUUUGGCUAACUCCUGCAACGCUGUCCAAGCUGUGAUUUUAUUUCCUGCAAUUCAACUACAGCUUCAAUCAAGUUUCUCUUCGUUUACCAAGUGCUGGAACUCUGGUAAAAGGACUUUAUUUUUCCUUAAAGACUUUUAUUUCUUAUGAAGGAAUUGCUUUAUUUACCGUUUAUACUUGCAUUGGGACCCUUGUAUUAUAUUUAUUUGUUUUUAAAAUAAAACCUUUUAAUUCAGUGAAUGUGUCCGUAUAAAAUCUCUGCAUACCGAGCCCAUUCACCCCAAACAUGUGACAGCUGUCUAUGUGCUAACAGUACUUCAAAUUAUCAUUUGCAAAGAGCAGGCAAACGAUAACUUGCAAAUGAGCAUACAAAUCUGAAUAAGACCACAACUCUUUGCAAGCGAAGCUUUCACAUAAUGGCAUCUAUUGUUACGUCCUACGUGAAUCCAUAAAGCUUUUAUGUCUCCCAAAUCCAUACAUCUACAAUUUUAAUUUUAAAAUGAAAAACAUUUUAUCAUUUCAAAUGCACUACUGCAUUCAAAUCAGGAGAACACGUAAAUGAUUUUCAUAUAAGAUCUACAUUUGAUAACACCGGUAGAUCAACUGUGAGAUAGAAAUAUUUCUAUAUUAGAGCAUUAUUACGACAUACCGCUCUUAUAAUAAUUAAUUUGUCUUUUUCCAUAUUCUGCUAAAGUGGCACAUGAAGGAACAUGUGCAAAAAUAUAGUCACAUUAUUUAAUGUUCCUUUGCAAAUCCUCUAAUUUAAGCAUCUCAGUGACUGCUGGUACCUGUUCAAUGACAUAAUGCUGGCAUAUUCUUAUUGGUUAAGAGUCAGCAGUCAGGAAGCAUUGGAGCAUCAAUGAUAGGAACAGACUGCCAAAACAUAAGAACUGAGGGCUGGUGGUCCUCUCCACUACUAGGCAACUGAGUCUUGUUCUGUGCAAAUUGGAAUCCUGAUCCUCGUCCGAUAUCAAGCUCACUAUCAACUUCUCAAGAGAGAAUAAGUGUUGUAGCAUAGUGAUGGACUUAACUUCAAGCUUGUAAUUUUAAAUCAUGGUAUUCUUUACAUGGACCCUGCUGUUUCUUAUUGUAACCUGUAUCCCACAGCUCAUGUGUACCAGGUAAUGUACAUCUCUAUUACAUAUUUGUCAUGGGUUGAAAAUAUUUCUAAGAAAAUUCUCAAUGGCAACUAAUUGUAUUCAUGUGAUUUAAGGUGGACGAUUUCAGGGGCUGUAGAAAACAGGCAAUGUAGUAUUUUUUUGUCUAUAAAAAUAUAAGACAUAAUGACGGAUUCAUUACUCUCAAAGCAGUGCUUAAUACAGUUUGUUAUAGUUUGUUUGCAUUUAAUGUAUCUGUGGGAUAUUUGUGUACUGAAGGAUAAAUUCAGAUGCUGAAGGGGUGAAAUGUUAAUUGAAAAAGUGAUUUGAAUCAUUACUGUUUUCUUUAGAAUUUUUCUGAUACGCCUAUUUCGCCUUAAAUUUAAAAGUCACGUUGACAAUUAGCACUGUAGUGAAUUAUCCUGUAUGUAUACUCUUUCUCGUUUAAUACUUUGAUUUUAAUAUUCUUGGUGCUAACUUGUUUACUUGGCACUUUUACAGUUUCUGUUAUUAAAGGCGGGGAGAUCAAUAAUGCAAGUACAGCAGUGGUUAUAAAUAUUGUGUAUGUAUGUUUUAAAAUGUAACAUUAAAGGAAUACUCCAACCCCUAAAGUCCCACUCUCCAGAUUGCAAAGUUUCACCCUCCAACUAUCAAUUGGAUUCAAUGCUUCUCUUUGAGAAGCAUUGCAGGUACAGCGUUGGGCUUGCCGCCUAGCGCCCUGCGCACCAAUGCCUCUCUCUAUGAGAAGCAUUGGCAAGGGGAUCACCGGUAAUAAUGACUCUCCCACGGGGCAGAGUGGAGCUGGGAUAAUGUUCAUUAAUUUAAGAAGAAAAGGGGAGAUGGAAGUUGGCAAAGAAGACUCAGCAACACUUCAGUGUUUUAUAUAUACACACACCGUACACACACACAACUAUAUAUCCAGACAAUGAAUGACCGGAAUUACCUUAGUCACCUCUAGCAUUCUGUCUUUGCUGUGCAAUCACUUGUUUAAAAUCUUCAUUACUAAUGAUUAUUGUGCUAAUUUGCAUACUUACCAUGAGACAACCAUAACGGUAUGUGUAUGUAUGUCUGUAUGUAUGUAUGUAUGUCUAUGUAUGUCUGUCUGUAUGUUUGUCUGUAUGCAUGUAUGUAUGUCUGUAUGUAUGCAUGUAUCCACACACUUAGGGCCACCCGAUGGGCCCUAUAUCUUCAGGGGCCCGGUCAGCGGUAUGGCCGUGGUAUAGCGCGACUGGGCCCCUUUAAUAAAAAAAAAGCAGCGCAAGUGCUGCUGGGAGGAAGUGGUCACUGCCUCCCAGAUCACUCCGCGUGGGAGUAGUGCGCGCCGGUGAAAAGGGAGAGCCAGGCAGUGAAGAGGGAGCCGCGCCAACUCCCAUCAUCCCCAGCCACCCUUCUGCAAAGAAAAAGUAAGAUACAGGAGGGUGGCUGGAAAAUGAGCUGUGUGUGUGUGUGUCUGUAUGCAUGUCUGUCUGUCUGUAUGCAUGUAUGUGUAUGUAUGUGUAUGUAUGUCUGUCUGUCUAUAUAUGUCUGUCUGUAUGCAUGCGUGUAUGUCUGUCUGUCUGUAUAUCUGUAUGUGUAUGUCUGUCUGUAUGUCUGUGAAUGUAUGUGUUUGUCUGUAUGUCUGUCUGUAUGUCUGUAUGCAUGGAUGUCUGUCUGUCUGUAUGUCUGUGUAUGUAUAUGUCUGUCUGUAUGUCUGCAUGUCUGUCUGUCUGUCUGUAUGUCUGUAUAUAUGCAUGUAUGUCUAUGUAUGUAUGCAUGUCUGUCUGUCUGACUGUAUGCAGGUCUGUGUGUAUGUCUGUGUGUAUGUCUGUCUGUGUGUGUGCAUGUAUGUCUGUAUGCAUGUAUGUCUGUCUGUCUGUAUGUCUAUGUAUGUAUAUAUGUAUGUCUGUAUGUCAUUAUAUAUGUAUGUCUGUAUGUCUGUAUGUCUGCAUAUCAAUAUGAACGUAUGUCUGUGUGUAUGUGUUUAUGGAUGUCUGUAUGCAUGUAUGUCUGUAUAUAUGCAUGUAUGUCAGUCUGAAUGUAUGCAUGUAUGUAUGUAUGUAUGUCUGUAUGCCAUUAUGAAUGUAUGUCUGUGUAUGUCUGUAUGUGUGUAUGGAUGUCAGUGUCUGUAUGUCUGUCAGUAUGUCUGUAUGUUGGUGUCUGUUUGUAUGUGUCUUUAUGUCCUCAUGCAUGUGUGUCUGUAUGUAUGUUAGUAUGUGUCUCUCUGUCACUAUGUAUGCCUGUGUGUAUGUCUUAGUAUGUGUGUGUCACUAUGUAUGCCUGUAUGCAUGUAUGUCUGUUUCAGUAUGUGUGUCUGUUAGUAUGUAUCUGUGUCCUUUUGUAUCAGUGUGUGUGUUUGUGUCUGUGUGUUUAUUCCUGUGGGCGGUAUUUGGAGGCGGGCCCAGUGGGCGGUACUUGGAGGCGGGCCCCAGGGGGGCCCAGACCCUGAGCUGAGUUAGGGGCCCAAAAACUUCUGGUCGCGGCCCUGCCCACAGGCCGCUAUGAUGCACCUAGGGCUCUCAGGCAGUCCCGACUUGGGUAGUGCACUGUGUUGCUUGAAUCAUCUCGGUGGUUGGGGGUAAUUCACAAAAAUCAUCAAGAGAUGUGGGAGCCUCUGCAACAGACGUCUAGCUGGCUGAAAGGUCAGAUUCCACCCUCCAUGAAAAGUUUUUUUACUUACCUUUUCUCUAGUGUCGCGCUGAUAUUGCUGUGGCUCGCCCCACCUCCAUGGCUGAGAUCAUCAAAUUUAACGAUUUUAGCCAAUCCAAUGCACAGCAAAAUGCCAAGCUGCCCCAAUCAGCAUCUCCUCAUAAAGAUGUAUUGAAUCAAUGCAUCUCUAUGAGGAAAGUUCAAUGUCUCCAUGCAGAGCAUGUAGACGCUAAAUGUCAGUGCUGCACACUGUGAAGCAAUGACCCAGGAAGCACCUCUUGUGUCUGUCUGAAGAAUUGCCACAGGAGGUCUUACUGGGCAGCAUUGUAAACACUGCCUUAUCCUGAAAAGGAAAUGUUUACUUCAAAAAGUCUGCAGGAACAGGCUACAGACACCAGAACCACUACAUUAAGUUGUAGUUGUUCUGCUGAUUAAAGUGUCCUUUAAGUAGGAAUUCAAGAAGUUGAACUAAACAGCUUGGUGUCCUUUACACAUAAAACUGAGUAAGUUCUCAUGACUUCUCUUUGCAAACAGAAUCCAACAAUGAGCUCCAAUAUUUUCCCAAAUCCACAUAAUAUUUGGACAUUAUCCAUAUCAUUAUAUCAUAAAUGAGAUACAAAACCUCAACAAACGCAAGAAUGCAAUGCAGGAGUAUGAUCGCCCUCUAGUGGCCAGUUGGUAGUUAGCCAUAAUAGAGUCUAUCCUUCAAGUAGCACAUAGUAGUAGUUUGUUUCAUAUGUUUGGUAUGACACAUAUUUUGUUUUUACAGUGGUACUGAAGAUAUUGGUGGUUAUAUUGGCUCCAACAUUGAGAUAGCAUGGAUACCCAACUUAGAUGGAUUGAUGAAGGGAUAUGCAAGGCAUUUUAGACCUGGGAUUGGAGGUAUGAAAAGAUUGCAUAUUAUUUCAUGAGUACAAUCUGGGCUGUAGUAGGGGGGCUGUAAUUGGAAAGGUGUUGUAGUGUGGGUGAUAUGGACUACAAUUGAGGCAAGAGGGUUUUCACUUACGUGAGAAUAGUCAGAAAUUCAAAUUUAAUUCAAAAUUAUUUUCAAAUUGUAAGUCAAAAUAGUCAAACUGUAAAAUAUUCAUUAAGUCCAGUAUGGUUCAAGUUCAGGUAUUUUAGUCUUCGAUGUUAAAUUUACUUUGAAGUCUCUUUAAAUUUCCAAGAAUUCUUAUUUUAGGUGGAUAGAAUGUAAUGUACUAGUGAGGGUUUAAUUGUCUAAUAGAAAACAAUUAAAAUCUAUUUAUAGAGAACUGCACAUGUUCAUUGUAGCAGAACCACUGUUUAUUUGUACUUUUCCCCUUGUAUUGUGCAUUUUCCCCUGUAUUACGUGUGCUGUGCCUUGUUCUUCUGUUCGAGAGCAUCCAUACGAACAGAACCCAUUUGUCUCCCGAACGGAGACCACCCCGGUACCCCAUUAGAAUGUUAACACACAAUUAAUUAGAACGUUCACACCCGUAACUUAAGUGUGAAACCGCAAGGGAAGUAAUUAAUGGGUGCUCCCCUGGGUGGCCGCCAUUCCGUAUAGAUGAACACCAACAGGGGGGAGCAUUUGUAUCCUGAAAGGAGACACUUCUCUUGCCUGGGGUUCACACAAGAGCCGCGCAAACGGAGACUGGUCGGGGAAAUGUACGUGUGCAGGUUCAUAGGGUUGGUGGGGAAACUUUUUUGGGGCACUGGCUAGUUUGGCGGGCUUUCUAUGACUGGGAGACAAAAAAACUAGGUCUCUUUUCCCACGCCCAGGCUCCCAGACGCAGAGGAUCCUGGGAUGAAGACCCCUGUCAUUUGGUGGGGGAGACCUCUUGUAUGUGGGGCGGGCUUUCUGUACCUGGGAGACAAAGAGACUAGGUCCCUUUUCCAAUGCCCGGGUUCCCAGGUACAGAGGAUCCUGGGAUAGAAACCCCUGGAUGGAGGUCUGUUUAAUUUGAUGUUUAAUUUGAUAGUUCAAGAGUGGCUGAAGGAAUUAAUUAGAUGAGGUAACUGGUCGGGUUACCCGGGGUCCGCUACAUUCAUCAUCUAUAAAAUAUAACAUUUUACUCCGCUCUAGCUCAUUUGAGGAUGAGUCUGCCUUCGAAGAAAUUCACUUUUAAAAAUAUCUGAUUUUGGGGCUUACUCACUACAUUACAGGGCUGGCUAAGGAUCUGUGGGUCCAACUUAAUACACAGUCAUGGUGCAUCCUAUCCAGUGAAUUUGCAUAGAGUAAGUCAUGUUGGACCAGUGCUUGUUUUACUAAAUCCCCAAGGGAAUAUUUCUCCGAUGUUCUUCUUAAAAUUGUUACAUCUUGAGCCCACUCCCGGUUUUAAAAUUAAUCAAUGUCAGUAUGUAGUGUUCUAGUAGAAUAUAUGGAUGUGUACAUUUGGCAAUUUAUUUGUAAAAAAAAAACCAACUAUUUAUUGUAAAUGUUUUCCAAUAUUUGACUUGAUAGGUCCUCCAGUGAAUGUUGCUGUCGACAUUGAAGUCACCAGUAUUGACCACAUUUCUGAAGUGAACAUGGUAAGUUUCUAAAUAUUUAUGCUUCUAUUUCCAAAGAGCUCAACUGUUUAUCUAUUUACACAAAUUGUUUUUUUUUGCCUUCUUUUGGAUCAACAGCAAAAAACAGAUGUGAGGAAGGCUGAACUUGAUGGACACAUGUCUCUUUUCAGCCUAUGUAACUACACAUAAACUAUUCUGAUAUUAUGGACAACAGACACCGCCAUAUUAUGGUAUAAAGCCGUAGUUAAAUGGCAUUUUUUAUUUUGGUAUGUUUGAUUAGAAGGCAAUAAAAACAAUGGUAACAUUUAUUUAACCCCUUAACCCCUUAAGGACACAUGACAUGUGUGACAUGUCAUGAUUCCCUUUUAUUCCAGAAAUUUGGUCCUUAAGGGGUUAAACCUAUUGAUAAAGGUUGGCAGGUAGCCUGGGAGAAAUGCUUUGAAAUGAAUUUAGAUGAGAUUGUGAUUGUGAGUAUUCUGUCUUCUGAUUUUUGUCUUCAGCCAGAUAAUGAACUAACCCAAACAGGUAGUUACAUAAAUAGGUUAAAUAAUGCGUUAAAUAAUAUCUGGAGGUCCCCCUUGUGCCCCCAUAUGAAUUGUAGUCUAUUAGCAAUUAAAAUAGAGAAAUUAGAGAGACAUCUGACUUGUAUGCAUGUUUACAUACAGCCACUUUCAUGAUAGAUGUACUCGCAAUGCUUAACAUUCUUUCUUGGUAAGUGGAUGGAAGUGAAAAAGGUGUGCGCUUGGUUUGGAAACGAAGAGUAUAACAAGGGCACAGUGGACACGGUAACAGUCCAUGUUCAAAUGCCACAAUUUGCAAAAUGCAACAACUUCUUAGAUCUGGAAAUAAUAUGUGUUUGUCACAAGUACCUUAUUAGUUAUGUGAUUAGCAUACACAAAAAAAUAAAUCACUCACUAAUCUUUUUGACAAUCUGUCUUUUUACCUACACUGUGUAUGCUAAGUACUGGUUCUAUGCAUGGUCACAAUUCUGCUCAGAUCAGGGAUUCUGGGACUUAUGGUGCAGUUAUCAGAUUUCUUCCAAUGAAAACUAUAAGCUGAAUUCCAAUUCCCCGAAACCUUUGCUGUUCUAUCCUAUGUAACUGGACACUGCGGGCUAAAAUGGAGGUACAGAAAGGGAGCUGGGCGUGGAUAUAAAAAAAAGGGUUGUAGAACGAUAGUUGUCCUGGUACCAAGAGUGUCCGUCUAAUUGAUUUCUGAGUUACAAUGCAAAACAUUUUGAACCUUCAAAAGUAGGUUAAGCAAGGUAUUUUGGAUUCUACUGAUGAUGCCCUAUGCAUCAUCCCAAAAAUAUUUAUUGUAUCCCUGUUAGAAAGGAAGCAAUUACACAUUAGAACAAUGCUUUUUAUAACGCUAUCAUUUAACCAAGCAGUAAUAUAUUUUAUAUACGUAUUACUUAAUGUGAGACAGUUAACAUAAAUAUUUGUACAGGCAUUGCAAAUUCAAGCUUUGACAGCUUUUAUUCUGGCUGCCUGUUUAUGAGCAUUGAAAGUAUUAAGGGUUGAUAUAUUAAAAACUGACGUUAUGACUGUGUUUAAUUGCCUUUGGUAACUCAAUAUUGGCGGCAUAUCACCAAAUUAGUAAAACAGCUGGGGAAAAAAAGCUGUGUUUAAAAUACCCCGAAGUUGUACCUAUCAACAUAACAGCGGUUUUCAUAGACAUCAGAUGAUUUUCUCUAUGUCAUUGUAAUUUUUAGGUAACCCCAUUGUACAUCGCUACAGAAUUUUAUGGCUCUAUAUAAAUGAUAAAAUAAUAAUGUCUGCCACGGCAACCUACCUUAUGAGCUGAUCUCAUAAUAUAAACAUUAGUUUUGCCACCAUGCACCUGCUACCGUGAACAGGAUAUAUUCUUCUAUUAUGUUAUUGAUCAUUGGGCCUUGGGAUUCUACAACAUCUGAAUAAGGUACCAUCGUUCCAGUGGCACGCCUUUCCAUGAUGGUCAUUCAGACGGCACAAGCUAGAAUGCAGUGGAUCAUCCUCAGUGCUGAAAUAUUUAAAACGUAAAAUACAACCAAGAAUAAACAUAUAUCACUUAUUUAGUUGAACUGCUGCUGAAACAGAGACUUAAAGAAAUAAAAAAAACAUGAAAAAAAUAACAACUAAAAUUAGUGCAGGUCCCUAUACAGGUUUUGCAUCUUAAGAAUCUGCAUAAAAUCUUUCUAUUUUAUAUACAAAAUCUGGGAAUAAUAGUGUAUGAUCAUCAGUGAUUCCAAUUUGAUCCAUUUAAUUUUUUAGGUCACUGUUUCACUAGAGCUGAAAUGAACAAGAAUAAAGUGGAGAAAGUGGUCUGCAGGUUUUAUCGUAUGCAUACUGGGCUUAGAUGAAGAUAAGGGUUACACCUUUUGGGUAAUUUUUCUGGAUAGACAUAUGUGUGAAUUUGUAGCCAAGAUAUAAACCACAUCACUGAUUCAGAUGGUCCAAGAACUGAGAAGGAUUUUGGGGAAAAAAUUGAAGCCUUUAAGGGUUACUCCAAGCACCAUAACUAUUACAGCUCACUGCAGUGGUUUUGCUGUCAGGAGUACCCUGGCCCAGUUCUCUGAUGUAAAAUUAAAACUAAAAAACACCAAUAUCCUCCAGCACCACCCAUCAUCUGUAGAGAUCCAGGAUUAAAGAGCCCCACAACGUCUAUAAUUUAGAUUACAUUGUAUAUGUUUACAUUGCUGAAAUUGCAGGGGUAGCCUCUUUGCACCAAAACCACUACAUUAAGCUUGAGUGGUUAUGGUGCUUGAAGGGUCUCUUUAAGAUCAUUACCAGAAUAGUUUGUUUAUUUAUGAAAACAUUUUACCAGGAAGAACACAUUGAGAACUCUCUAAUAUUCACGUUUGUCCAAAGAAGCAACAUUAUUACACAUAUAUUAGGAGGCAAAUACAGUACAAUUAUCAAUACAUUGCUACAUGUAUAGUAGGGAUAUAUAAUACAGUUAUAAAUUAAUCAUGAGUAAAGUUGUUUUUUAGAUCUCUGACAUCUACAGCAAGAAACAGAUAUACCAAGUUGAGAAAGUGGAAACUAAAGUAUCAGGCAUCAGUAAUUGCAAUGUAAAUGUAGGAUCACGAAUGCUAUGGUUGUUCUGGGAUGUUUUAACACUGUAUUUUUGCAAGCUGAGCUGAAAUCAUUUUAUGGAUUUAUUAUGUUUGUUUUUUUAGGAAUACACAAUGACUGUUUUUUUGCGACAGAGCUGGAGGGAUGAGAGGCUCUCUUACAAUUACACACAAAAAACUCUUGGCUUCGACUGUCGUUUUGUUGAGAAGAUUUGGAUUCCAGAUACAUUCAUUGUAAAUUCCAAGUCUGCCUGGUUCCAUGACGUAACUGUGGAAAACAAACUAAUUCGAUUGCAACCGGAUGGGGUCAUCUUGUACAGCAGCAGGUAAGCCUAACUGGGUUAUUUACUAAUCAACGAAGUGAGGAAUAUCAGUUUUAACACAAGACAGCCAAACUGGAAACAUACCCCAGUACUUUUUUGCAUAAAUUUGCAAUUCUAUGAUUAAUUACCUAGUUUAGUAAAUCAUAAGACACCAAAUUGUAAUCAAUUAAAAACUGAAUUGCAAAUUGCUGGCUCCAGUAGCUGAUUAGGAAAAAUUCUACAUUUCAAGUAUAGUGACAUUUUGGAUAUUUUAGCCAAUUAAGUUGUCAGUUCACUAAAGUUUGGUGUUCAAUAUAACAAUCUGUUAGACUGAGUCUUAUUCAAUAAACUAGUAAUUGAGAUGAACCUCAAAUAUUGAGGCAAAAAAGCUGAGAUGGAAAAGUAAGUGAGCAGCUCAAGUUUUCAUUUUGGCUAAAACUCAAAUAAAAUGUAAAUUUCCGCACUGCAUGUUAUAGUAUACCUCCCAUCAAUCAGGAGAGGAGAAUCUUGGUGGAGUGACGAGUUCUGAGCGGGUUUUGCCAGUGAUGUGAUCCACGUCCCUAUUGAUGCCCAUAAUCGGCAGACCCGUCUGGAAAAGGGGAGGACCCACCUACUGAUAGGCUGCCUGACCGGCCACCAGCCUACAGGACCAUGCAAGGAGCACUGCCAAAGCACUCCUGGCAUGGUCCUAGUGGCAGAGUCACAGUGCGAGUACAUCUAAUGGUGCACUCUUUUGCUGCCCAGGGACACUUUACUUCUGUCUCCAGAUGCGGGACACCAGGGAACUGAAGCGAGAUGGUGGGAUAGGACCCUUAAAAUCGAGACUGUCCCAUCAAAAGUUGGGAGGCCUAUUAUAUUGAAUAAACCCAUUAAUGUUAUAGAAACAACAUAUGUAUACAUUGGGAAUAAUUAUCCCUUCUCAUUAAUUUGUUCAAUGUUACUGAAGCUUAAUAUGAUAGUUCAAAACUAUAAACAUUUCCAAAUUGCUAGUUGGGGGUAUGACGGAAUUCUGUUUGUAUAACUGCUCAAUGCCUUGAAAAUAUUGUGUUUUGGAAAAAUUAAAAAAAGUAAAAUAAGGGUUUUGAUACAAGUUAUGAUUAUUGAAGUAUGAUAUGAAGUUAUGGUUCGUAACAAAUAAAAAUAACAGUAUUUUUCAACUUCGCUAAUGGGUUCUAAAUUUAGAUCCAAAUUCCACCAUCUACAUCAGAGAAAAACAUCUUCCUUCUCUUUGUAGAAUUCCUAAAUGUGUGUUGUUUUUUUAUUAAUAAAUUAUAAGAUUAUGUUUUAGCAUUGCUUCUGUGAUGGGUUCCACUUAGUGCUACCACCUUAAUUUAAUAAGAAUUUGCUAUCAAUAAUAUUAAAAUAAAUAAAUUACGAUUUGGAGUACCUGAUCUCACCCCUUACAAAAAGAUAAAGGCAGAUGAAAGCUAAGUUGUGGGUAUGACUGUAUUCUGUAUUUGUAUUACAGUUUGUCUUUCUGCUCACUCAGCCAGAAAAAAUAGCCUUAGGAAUAGCUCUGAAUCAUUGAAAAGGUUAAAUAUCAUAGAUCUGUGUUAGGGACCAGGAACCAGACAGAGACAGAACUAAAUGCAAAAACACAUUUAUUAAUAAAUAACAAAUAAAGAAAUAACCAAAAGCAAAGUCCAGGAGGCAAGCAGGGGUCAGUCACCAGAGCGGGUAGUCAGACGAGCCAGGAUCAGGAGAACGGAGCGGAGCGGAGUCAGAAACAAGGCCAGAGUCAGGAACCAGGAACAAACAGGAAACACAGGAACAAGAAGACUUCUGGGGAACAGGAAACCACGCAAAGGCAAGGAGGUACUGGGAUUUGCUGCUUAAAUAGGCUGAACUGAUUAGCAGCAGGGUUGAUUACUAUUCUCAGGUGAGUAAUCAUGGCAACAUAGUGAAGGAGCUGAUCGUUAAUCUCAGCUGAAAGCUCAGACACUGAAAAAGGAAGGGUUGCUGAUUAAAACAGCAAAGAAACCCUGACAGUACAUCCCCCUCAACGACUCCCCCCAUAUCUGCUGGUGGGUCCAGGCUUUAUGGGGAAGCGGGCGUGAUAGGAACAAAGGAGGGAUGGUGCAUGGACAUCAGAGGCUGGAACCCAGGAGCGUUCCUCUGGACCGUACCCUUUCCAGUGCACCAAGUAUUGGAUCUGUCCUCUGAAGACUCGUGAGUCAAUGAUGCUGCGUAUUUCAUAUUCCUCAUGAUUGUCAACCAUAACAGGAAGUGGACGUGGCAUUGAGGUGGUGUAACGAUUAAAUACCAACGGUUUCAAGAGGGAAACAUGGAAUACAUUCGAGAUGCGCAUGCUAGCAGGAAGGUCACUUGCGUAAGAUACAGGGUUAACCCUUCGAAGUAUACGAAAUGGCCCAACGUAUCAGGUUGCCAGUUUUUGUGAGGGAACACGGAGCCGUAGGUUGCGAGAAGACAGCCAGACCCUUUCUCUGACCUGAUAGGUAGGUGCAGGAAGGCGUCUGCGGUCGGCCUGGAGUUUGUUGUUCUGCAUUGCGCGUUGCAACCUGCACCCAAGUCGAACGGAGUUCCCUGAGAUGUUCCUCCAAUAACGGUAUCCCUUGUGGCAUGAACGUAUCAGGCAACAUGGACGGUUGAAACCCAUAGUUCGCCAAGAACAGGGAUAGCCGGGAAGAGGCAUUAAUCGCACUAUUGUGGGCGAACGCCGCCCAGGGUAGUAGAUCAGACCAGUUGUUCUGGUGGUCAGAAAUGUAGCAAUGCAGAAACUGUUCCAAGGCUUGGUUAGCUCGUUCUGCAGCACCAUUGGAUUGUGGGUGGUAGGCCGAGGAGAAGGAAAGCUGAAUUCCCAUCUGUGUGCUAAAAGCUCUCCAAAAUCUGGCCACAAACUGGCUACCCCAUCCGAGAUUAUUACUUUGGGUAACACAUGCAAACGAAAGACCUCCUGAGCAAAAAAUUUUGCUAGUUCUUGAGAAGUUGGUAGUUAUUUCAAGGGAACGCAAUGUGACAUCUUAGAAAAUCGGUCAACAACCAUGAGAACGACUGUAUUGCCACUGGAGACCGGAAGAUCUACGAUAAAGUCCAUGGACAAGUGAGUCCAGGGUCGUUCACCAUUAGGUAUGGUUUGCAGGAGACCCACUGGAGGGUGUCGUGGGGUUUUAUUUUGAGCGCAUACAGGACAGGCAGCUACAAAAGCGGUGACAUCCGAAUGGAGACUAGGCCACCAAAAUUGCAGAGAGAUGGACCAGAUUAACUGUUUUUUGCCUGGAUGUCCAGCUGCUUUGGGGUUGUGAUAUGUACUUAAUAAUUUAGUACGGAGAUGAAUGGGUACAAAACAUCGGCCAUUAGGUUUCUCUGGAGGAGCAUUAAUUUGUGCAGCCAGAAUCUCCUCGUGAGGUGAGGUUAGUGCGGAUGACGGCCAGUAUACGGUCCGGAGGAAUCACAGGAGUAGGGGUUAUCUCCUCUCUAGAUGGAGGGGAAAACUGUUGAGACAAAGCAUCAGCCCGAAUGUUUUUAGUACCAGGCAAGUAAGAAACCUCAUAAUUGAAUCUUGAUAUGAAGAGAGCCCAUCUAGCUUGCUGGGGGGAAAGCCGCUUGGCUUCGGAAAGAUAUGUAAGCUUCUUGUGGUCUGUGAGGAUGAGAAUUGGCGCUGAAGUACCCUCAAAAAGGUGCCUCCAUUCUUUGAGAGCUAAAAUUAUAGCUAGAAGUUCUCUAUCACCAAUCUGGUAAUUGCACUCCGUUGGAUUCAACUUCUUUAAGAAAUACCCACACGGAUGCCUGGAGCUCUCUGAGUUAGGACGUUGAGACAGGAGGGCGCCUACUCCUGUCUCAGACGCAUCGACUUCAAUAAUGAAUGGUAAGGCAGGGUUAGGGUGUGCCAGUAUAGGAGCAGCAGCAAAGGCGACUUUGAGAGACUCAAAGGCAGUAAUGGCUUUCUGUGACCAAUGCUGUGGAUCAGCAUCUCUCCUGGUCAUAUCCAUGAGAGGUUUAACCAAGGAAGAAAAGUUGCGUAUGAACUUCCGAUAAUAAUUGGCGGAGCCAAGAAAACGCUGUAUAGAGCGAAGACCCGUAGGUCGAGGCCAUUGUAGUACAGCAGAAAGUUUCUCUGGACCCACAGAGAAUCCAGCAUCUGAGAUAACAUAGCCCAAGAAUGUGACCUGUUUGCAGUUGAACUCACAUUUCUCCAAUUUACAGAACAGAUUAUUUUCUCUGAGUCUCUGUAGAACACGAGAAACAUCUGCGUUAUGGUUCUCGAGAGAUGUGGAAUGAAUAAGAAUAUCGUCAAGAUAAACCACCACACAUUUCUGCAGCAUAUCUCGCAGGACAUAAUUUAUAAAUUCCUGGAAAACUGCCGAAGCAUUGCAAAGACCAAAGGACAUUACUAGGUAUUCGUAAUGCCUGCUCCUGGUGUUAAAUGCGGUUUUCCAUUCAUGGUUCUCUUUUAUCCGGACGAGAUUAUAUGCCCCUCUCAGAUCAAGUUUAGUGAAGACCGUUGCUCCCUUGAGGCAGUCGAAUAACUCUGUGAUCAACGGAAUGGGGUAGGCAUUCUUAAUAGUAAUGCGAUUGAGACCCCUAUAGUCGAUAGAGGGUUUUCAACUCAGCACUCUUCUUUUUCACAAAGAAAAAGCUGGCCCCGGCAGGAGAAGAUGACUUCCGAAUGAAUCCCCUUGACAACGCAUUGGUAACAUACUCCUCCAUGGCUCGAUUCUCUGCUACCGACAGCGGGUAGAUCCUGCCACGGGAGGAAUGGCACCAGGUUGGAGUUCGAUACCACAGUCAUACGGACGGUGUGGCAGCAGAAUGCUGGCUUGACCCUUGUCAAAUACAUCUUGGAAUUCGUGGUACUCAGCGGGUAAGGAAGAGGCAGAAAAUGUGCCCAAAACUUUGACCGAUUUCCGGAGACAAGAAAAUGUGCAUUGCUGGGACCAAGACAAUAUCUCAGAUUUGCGCCAAUCAAUUGUGGGGUUAUGCUUCUGUAGCCAAGGGUAUCCCAAAACAACCUGGUAAUAUGGAGAGGAAAUGACCUGGAAUUGGAUCGUCUCAUGAUGUAGAGUCCCUACAGCCAGAGAAAUGGGCACGGUCUCCUGGGGCACGUGGGUUGGCUGUAUUGGUUUGCCAUGGAUGGCUUUGAAAGCAAGUGGAGAGUUGCGAGGCUGUAAGGGUAUAGAGUGCGCCGAUGCAAACGCACAGUCUAUAAACGAGCCUGCGGCCCCAGAAUCAAGCAAUGCCUGAGUUUUAAUGGAUGAAUGAGGCCAGGAGAGGAUAAUAGGCACUAAGAGUUUGUCCUCAUAUAUCUCUGCGUCUGCAGAAAGACCACUCAAGAUCUGCCCCUGACAGUAUCUUGGGUGCGGGCCCUUUACCGGACGAAUCGGGCAAAACUUUAACAUGUGACCCUGGUGUCCGCAGUAUAAGCACAGGCCCGCCCUCCUCCUAAAGGCUCUAUCCUCGACAGAGAGGCGUGAGAAGCCUAACCGCCUCAGCUCCACACUGACAGAGGGCUCAGGACCAGGAGGCAUGGGGAGGUUUGGGUGGGCAAGAAAAGCUCUGUGCCAAAUAUACAGGAGGCCUCCGCAGGCGCUCCCUGGAUGAGGAUCUCUCUCGGAGUCUGAUAACAAUGUGGGUGACAAAGAAUUUCAAGGUAUCCUUUAACCUGAUUUACAAAUUCUUUGCACUGAGCUGGGUUGCCCCCAAAAUACUGAGGGAGCGGGACAGACCCAGUCAUUCCUCAAGCCGCAACAGGUUUGGAGGCUGCAACCGGUGCUAGGACAGGAAGUGAGGCAGAGGCGGCCACAAUCACAGGCUGGCCGGGUGCUGGAUCCAGAUGAGCAUACUGGUCCAAAUGGUGGUUAUGCUGGUCCCACCGGGUAAAUAGGUUAGGUAUAGGUGUAUUGCCUGUAUCAUCUGUAUUCAUGGCCCUUGCGUAAUGUUAGGGACCAGGAACCAGACAGAGACAGAACUAGAUGCAAAAACACCUUUAUUAAUAAAUAACAAAGAAAUAACCAAAAGAAAAGUCCAGGAGGCAAGCAGGGGUCAGUCACCAGAGCGGGUAAUCAGACGAGCCAGGAUCAGGAGAACGGAGAUCAGCGAAGUCAGGAACAAGGCCAGAGUCAGGAACCAGGAACAAACAGGAAACACAGGAACAAGGAGACUUCUGGGGAACAGGAAACCACGCAAGGGCAAGGAGGUACUGGGAUUUGCUGCUUAAAUAGGCUGCACUGAUUAGCAUCAGGGUUGAUUACUAUUCUCAGGUGAGUAACCAUGGCAACAUAGUGAAGGAGCUGAUCGUUAAUCUCAGCUGAAAGCUCAGACAAUGAAAAAGGAAGGGAUGCUGCAGGGCCGCCACCAGAAAUUUUAGGGCCCCUGACACAGCUCAAGAUCCGGGCCCCCUGGGCCAGCCCUGAGUCCGCCCACAAGGAUGAAGUGUGUGUGUGUGUGUGUAUAGUGGCUGUAGAAUGAGUGUCAUGGAUGCAGUGUGUAUAGUGGAUGUGGUAUGUGUGUCAUGGAUGCAGUGUGUAUAGUGGAUGCAGAUUGUACGUUUUGUGUAAUGUAUGUAAUGUUUGUAUGCAUGCAUUAGAUGCAGAGUGUGUGUAGUGAAUGUAGGUGUGUAUAGUGAAUGCAGAGUGUGUGUUGAUGUAGUGUGUGUACAGUGAAUGGAGAGUGUGUGUUUUUGUAGUGGAUGUAGUGUGUGUACAGUGAAUGGAGAGUGUGUGUUUUUGUAGUGGAUGUAGUGUGUGUACAGUGAAUGCAGUGUGUAUUUUUGUAGUGGAUGUAGUGUGUUUGUAGUGAGUGCAAAGUGUGUAUAGUGCAUGUAGUGUGAUUGUGGUGAAUGCAAUAUGUGUAUUGUGAUUGUGGUGUGUUUGCAGCGAGUGCAAAGUAUGUAUAGUGAUUGUAGUGAGUGAAAAUGUGUUUAGUUCGUGUGGUGUGAUUGUAGUGAAUGCAAAAUGUGUAUGGUGAAUGUAGUGUGAUUGUGGUGAAUGCAGAGUGUGUGUAGUGAAUGUAGUGUUUGUAGUGAGUGCAAAGUGUGUUUAGUAAAUGUAGUGUCUGUAGUGAGUGCAACGUGUGUAUAGUGAAUGUAGUGUGUGUAGUGCAGAGUGUGUUUAGAGAAUGUAGUGUGUGUGUGUGUAGUGCACAGUGUUUAGUGAAUGUAGUGUGUGUGUAGUGCAGAGUGUGUUUAGUGAAUGUAGUGUUUGUGUAGUGCAGAGUGUGCUUAGUGAAUGUAGUCUGUGUGUAGUGUAGAGUGUUUAGUGAAUGUAGUGUAUGUGUAGUGCAGAGUGUGUUUAGUGAAUGUAGUGUGUGUUUAGUGAAUGUAGUGUGUGUGUGUAGUGAAUGUAGUGUGUGCAGUGCAGAGUGUAUUUAGUGUAUGUAGUGUGUGUGUUUAGUGAAUGUAGUGUGUGUGUUUAGUGAAUGUAGUGUGUGUGUUUAGUGUGUAGUGCAGAGUGUGUUUAGUGAAUGUAGUGUGUGUAGUGUGUGUGUUUAGUGAAUGUAGUGUGUGUGUUUAGUGAAUGUAGUGUGUGUAGUGUGUGUGUUUAGUGAAUGUAGUGUGUGUAUUUAGUGAAUGUAGUGUGUGUGUUUAGUGCAGAGUGUGUUUAGUGAAUGUAGUGUUUGUGUAGUGCAGAGUGUGCUUAGUGAAUGUAGUCUGUGUGUAGUGUAGAGUGUUUAGUGAAUGUAGUGUAUGUGUAGUCCAGAGUGUGUUUAGUGAAUGUAGUGUGUGUGUAGUGCAGAGUGUGUUUAGUGAAUGUAGUGUGUGUUUAGUGAAUGUAGUGUGUGUGUGUUUAGUGAAUGUAGUGUGUGUGUGUGUGUAGUGAAUGUAGUGUGUGCAGUGCAGAGUGUAUUUAGUGAAUGUAGUGUGUGUGUUUAGUGUGUAAUGCAGAGUGUGUUUAGUGAGUGUAGUGUGUGUAGUGCAGAGUGUGUUUAGUGAGUGUAGUGUGUGUGUUUAGUGAAUGGAGUGUGUGUAGUGUGUGUGUUUAGUGAAUGUAGUGUGUGUAUUUAGUGAAUGUAGUGUGUGUGUGUAGUGCAGAGUGUGUUUAGUGAAUGUAGUGUGUGUUUAGUGAAUGUAGUGUGUGUGUUUAGUGAAUGUAGUGUAUGUGUGUAGUGAAUGUAGUGUGUGCAGUGCAGAGUGUAUUUAGUGUAUGUAGUGUGUGUGUUUAGUGAAUGUAGUGUGUGUGUUUAGUGUGUAAUGCAGAGUGUGUUUAGUGAGUGUAGUGUGUGUAGUGCAGAGUGUGUUUAGUGAGUGUAGUGUGUGUGUUUAGUGAAUGGAGUGUGUGUAGUGUGUGUGUUUAGUGAAUGUAGUGUGUGUAUUUAGUGAAUGUAGUGUGUGUGUUUAGUGCAGAGUGUGUUUAGUGAAUGUAGUGUGUAGUGCAGGGUGUGUUUAGUGAAUGUAGUGUGUGUGUGCUUGUAAGGAUGCAGUGUUUGUGUAAAGUAUGGGGGAGGGGAGUAUUUAAAAAAUAUAUAUUUGUGUAUAUUUCAAAUUUAAAUUUUAUUCCCCCCUCCCUGGUUCUUACCUUGCCAGGGAGGGGGGAGAUCGCAUUCCCUGGUGGUCCGGUGGAGAGAGCCAGCUGCGUUACAUUGCAGAGGGGGGCCCAGCAGCGCACACUGUCUUCCUUUCCAGUUCCUCUCUGACGAACUCUCGUGAGACCGGCCUGCGUGCUGUGCGGAGCGUUGCCAUGGUAACCCGUGGCAAAGCUCUGGCGGCCGCAGGAGAUUUAGAAAGAGAGGAGCUGGAAGGAGGACAGAGUGUGCUGCUGGGCCCCCCUCUGCAAUUUACAGGUAGGGGGGCCCUCAGUGCACAGAUAUAUAGUGAAAUUCGCUAUAUAUCUGUGCACAUAAGGAAUGUGGGGCUCAGACUGCCAGAGCAGUCCGGGCCCCCCAGGACCGCGGGCCCAUGACAACCGUUAUGGUUGUCAUGCCGUGAUGGUGGCCCUGGGUUGCUGUUUAAAACAGCAAAGAAACCCUGACAAUCUGCACCCUAUGACUCCCAGAACACCACACACACUGGUGUACACCAGUAACCACAAUUUGAAGCGACAUGGUAACGGACCUAGCCACGAUAGGGGGACUCACAGAGAAACCCCUCAACCAUCACAUCCCACUCCACAUAACCUCGAGAGACAUGAAAGGGGACCAAAAACCGUUAUCAGACUUUGCCGAAACCACCCUUUCCCCUCCACUCAUGGCCUCACAAUGCUCGUGAUCUAAUUAGACGGGUGUCUUUCACCCAAACAGUUUUUACAUCUCAAUUAACUCAUUAUAACAUUGCGACCUAUUGUAACUAUAAAAAGUGUGUGAAUAGAAUCUUGCAAUGCUCUGUGCUUAAUGUACACUGCUAUUGUUUGACGCACAGUGGCUAUUGUGGCCAUACACAUGUACUUAUCAUUCCACACGAAAUAUAAAGAAUUUAAAUAAAAUAUCAUAGAUCUGAAUUCCUAACUCUAUAGUGCGCAUGGCUAGACACUCCAAUGUUCUAAAGAACCAGGAAGUAACAGGACCAGUUGUCUGAUUGAAGUGUAACAAAGUUAAUUUCUAAAAGUGCAUUUUUUUAUUGAAAUUUGCACUUUUUUAAAUGAAAAAAAAAGAGGAUACACUUUUCACACAUAAAGCACUUCAGCAAGCACUUUAGGUGUAAAAUAAAAGCUAUCGAGGGUUUUGCAUUCUGUCAUGGAGAGUAUCCUCUGUUGUGAGUACUAGGAACACCCCUGACUGGUACCCGAACUGCUUUGUAUACAGUACGUAUUAAGGGGGAAAUGAGAAUGGACAGAAAAGCAGGAAGCAUUAGACUCUGGUUUGGGCGUUGGAGCUGCCUUUAACUGUAUGCGCUAGAAACCUAUAUUGUGAAUAUUAUAUAGGUGGUAUUUUGAUUUUUUUUCCCCUCUUUUACUUUUUUUGACAAUCUUUAUUUUUAGAUUUUCUGAUUGUAAUUAUUAAACAGUGAAGUUAGUGUAAUAAUGUAUCAUUAAUGUGACAUAUUCUACAAGAGAAGUCUGGCAUUGUUUGGAGAAGACAAUAAUCAAUCGUACAAAGUCAACAGGGUUGCAUGAACUAAGUUGGGUACAUCAUGUACUCUCUAUUUGACUACGGUAACAGUAACUAAGAAGAUUCAUCCCUAUCCAGACAAUAACAGUGCACUUACUGCCUUUGCACUUGUUUUGCAUCAAAGGACCACUAUAGUGCCAGGAAAACAUACUCAAUGAGACAGCCACUAGAGGCUUUAGAGGCUGGAUUAACCCUCAAUGUAUGUUAUGUUUAUAAAAAAAAGGGUUAAUCCUAGCUGGACCAGGCACCCAGACCACUUCUUUAAGCUGAAGUGGUCUGGGUGCCUAUAGUGGUCCUUUAAGCCCUUUCUCUCUUGCUUCCUCUCCUCCCCAAACUGUCAUUAUGACUUUAUUUUUAGUUUGUUAUUUUAUUUUAUGUCCUUCUCAGUUAUAUAGGGGUUGUUUUUUUAAGUUUGAGCAUAUGUUUAAUUUGCAGGAUUACUUCUACAGUCGCGUGUGACAUGGACCUAACAAAGUAUCCGAUGGAUGAACAGGAAUGCAUGCUGGACCUUGAGAGCUGUAACUAUUUGCGAAGACAUCUGAUUAUUAUAGGCUUAUUGUUUUUGGGUUUUUUUUAAAAAAAAAGGUUCUUAUUAAGUUUCUGUUUUGUAGCACAUCCACAGGUCAGGGCUGGUCUUAGGUCAAAGGCUCCAUGUGCAACUUUAAGGACUGAGCCCCACUUGUAAAUAUUCAGACACAUUCAGAUAUUCACAUUGAAAGUUGUAGACAAAAUAGACAGAAAUCAUCAACUGGGAAGGCAGCAGAUUAUUUGCAGUGUUAAAGAUGGUCCAGAGUGGCAAAUAGUAAAACAGUAGAUGCAAAAAAGAUUCGGUACAUGUAAAGUCCCAGAAAGACAGAAACAAAUGUGUUCCUAUUAAACCUGCUUUCCUGCACUUUGCAUGUGCUGGAUCAUUUUUAUACCCGUUGUUUUCAUACUCCUACACAACCACACUCUUACAUACAGACUCCUCCAUGUUCUGAUAAACCAUAUUUACAUCAUAUGUAUAUAUCGAUUUUUUCCCAAGAUAGGAUCCACUUUGAAUCGUAAUGAAUCAUAUGUGAAAGUGGUAAAAUGAUGAAUACCUUUAUAAAUUAUGUUAUUAGAAAGCAUUGUCUGGGAUUAAAUAAAAAGUUUAAGACACGUGCACAGACACAAAUCUUUUCAGACACACAUACAAAACACUCACAGACAAAGUAAGACAGUGUUACAAACAUAGACACUGUAUCACAGGCGCACACACACACACACACUAAGGCCUCGAUUUGGAUGAUGUUUUUAAAUUAUCACAAUCUGCUGGAAUAACUUUUCAAAUGUGACUUGUGCUGCUCCCGCGCACUGUGUGAGGCUCUUUAAAAGACUCCAAGCAGUGACCGUGGCAGAGACACUGAGAGCUAAGUCAUGCAAGAUCGGCUCCCAGUCACCAUCACAGGACUCAGGGAGACAAUUUUCAAUGAUCUCCCUGCACGCUCUAUGUGCAGACUAUGCUUAACACCGACUGUCCGGUAGUGACUGUCAAGGAGCCAGGGGUGCAACAGUUACACCUUUCGCAACACACAGCUACACUCUCUGUGAUCUCUGGUGCCCUCUCUAGAUAUGUGUACUGUGUGAUUGCCGGCCCUUCCACAGGCUCUGAAUCUCCUCCAUGUUCUGAUAAACCAUAUUUACAUCAUAUGUAUAUAUCGAUUUUUUCCCAAGAUAGGAUCCACUUUGAAUCGUAAUGAAUCAUAUGUGAAAGUGGUAAAAUGAUGAAUACCUUUAUAAAUUAUGUUAUUAGAAAGCAUUGUCUGGGAUUAAAUAAAAAGUUUAAGAUGAGAUAAGGCCACAGACUAUUAUUUGACCGUGCUAAUGUCCACAAUGGUCACAAUCUCACCUUUCCAAAGGUUUCGGACAACACUUUUGGCAUAAUUCAUUUUUUAAAGAAGCGUCCUAUAUCUUACGUUAACAGUCAAGGAACAAUUUUCCUUUAUCAAAUCAACAACCAGAGUGACUUAAUCCAGUUCUAUCAUUUUUCCCAGACACAUAUCAUGAACUUAUGUAAACUUAUAUAAACUGGUAGGCGACACAUGUAAAUUGUUUUCCUGCAGUAUGUGGUAUUCAAAAUCUGCAUGUAGAAAAUCAAACCAUUAAUCAAGAAAGAAUCCUGCAGCAUGAAUUCUACAUGCUAGUGGGCAACACGUUUCACAUGUAUCCAAUCAACAUGAAGACAUGAAUCAUGUCCAGGAAAAUGUGAUGGAUUUCACAACCAACUUAGAGACCCCAGGAGAGAAGACGUCGUCUAUUGACAAGGCUAAGCAAUGACCUGUCUGGUUUCUGUUUGCCUCCAAUAAUCUGUUGAUGUAGGUUGGGUAUGGCAUUAUUGUUCGUCAGUACGGCAGCCUUGGGCCUUUUGGCCCAGCACAAGCUGUGUCUGCCGAAUUCUGAGCAUUUAUUAUAUUUGUACAAUGUUAUGUUGUUCUAAUAUAAAUUAAUUACUAUACCAAGCUCAGUGUAUUCUGUCUGCUUACUGCUUUUUAUAAUCAAAAUUGAUUGAAACGCCACCUUUACCUGUAAUCCUAUAACCAUUAUUUUAACAUUGCUUACUAAUCCCGGGACAUAUUGAUUCUGACCUCAUUGUGCAUAGCAUGAGGUCACUUAGUGAUGAGCCAUGCAUGCUUUCACAAUGUCAGGUUACCUGUAAAUUCUACCUCUGAGGAGGUCAGUCUCUCUUCCAAAGGGGCUCCUAUGCCCAAGCAUUUCGGCAUUUUUCGGCCGUUUUCGCGCCGGCCGCGCUAGCUCCUCCCCCUUUUAUGACGCGACGGCUAAUCGUCGACGUCAUGACGUCAUCAUCACGUGAACCGCCGGGAACCGCAAUUCCGGACCUUUUGGGGGCGUGGUCAUAAUUAAGGUGACAGGGUAUUUAAGGGAAGCUUUUACUACUGCUCAUUGCCCUGUCGUGGUUCUAGCUUGCUAGUCACUCAGCGCGUUCUCUCUCUUUGUGUUUUUCGGUUUUGACCUAGCUUGUACCUUUGUCCUGCUGCUCUCUCCUCUCCUUUGACCCGGCUUGUUCCUCGCUUACCUGUCCUCCGGCUCCCUCGACCUCGGCUUACCUUUUGACCAUUCUUAUCUUGUCUAUACGUUAGUCCGGCCAUUCUAAGGUCCGGUAUACGUACCUCCUCCUGUCCGCACUCUGCGUAUUGGAUCCCUGUCACGAUCCUGACACACAAGCAGACAUGAUGGAACUGCUAUUGAUUUUCCAUUUAUUUGUACCCACUCAAGAAGAUUGGCUCACUGGAGUUAGCUUGAAAGUAGGCUAUUUAAAGUAGGAGUUAAAACAACAGGAGUUCGUUGGUGGACUGGUGGACUGUGGUUGGUAUUAGUUAAUACCAAGUGGGAAAAAAAGCAGGUUUAAAUUUUUGUAUUUUUUGUAUUUUGUGCUUUUUUAUUUUUUUAUUUUUUACUGUUACCCUUUUUAAUUUAUUUUUCUCCUUGCUGUUUUGAUUUAUUUAAAUUUUUUGUAACCCCUUUUCAUAUAUAUAUAACCAACAUUCAAGUAGGGGAGCAUUUGGGAAAUAGUGAUCACAAUAUGGUAACUUUUGAAAUAAACUCAAAAAAAGCAAAAGCAAGUGGGGUAUACUAAAACAUAUAAUUUUAAAAAAGCCAAUUUCAAUAAGAUUAGGGCAGCUCUACAACAUAUCGACUGGCAUAAACUCCUUAGUGAUAAAAACACAGAGGAUAAAUGGAAACUAUUCAAACAAAUAUUAGAAAGGUAAAUUUCUCAGUAUGUACCAUUGGGUAAUAAAUAUAAAAGAAACAAAUUAAAACCAAUGCGGCUUAGUAGAUGUUGUGGUCGUGACCUAAAUAUGAAUAUUAAUCUCUUAAUACAUAAUAAUUAAGCAAUACGGAACAACAUUAAUAUUUUUAUAAUUCAUGGUAUUAUGGUCGAAUAUGUGGAUAGAAAAUACACAAAACGUUGUAAUAUUAAAUGUAUAUUUAAUAUAACUAUAAUAAAUAAACAGAUGCUAGCGGAAUGUCAAUUUCAAUAAUUAUACAAUACAAUACUACACAAAACACUAUUGGUUGCUAAGGCUAUUACAAUUGCUAACUGUUACAAUACAAACAUAUUACUUACAAGGCCCCAGCCAAAGGGCUGGGGCUAAGUCAGAGCUGGUGCUACAUGAUCAGUCAGGUACAGGCAAACAGAGAGCUCGCUUCUCCUAACAUCUGGGUUUUAUUCAGUGUAAGUAGGCUGGCCUGUGAUGUCACUGCCAGAAGCACAGGUCUUCCUACACACUCCCCCUAGUGGUGCCCCCAAAGCAUUACACUAAAUAUGCUUUACUGACAUCUAGUGGUGCGUCUAAAGCAUUAAGCUCAUUAUGCUUUUUUAUGACAAAAAGUCAUUAAUUAAUAAAUACCAUUACAAACCACCCUUUGACUUAUGUCAUAAAACAAACAUUAUAAACCCAUACAUCUUGAAUCUACCCUAUUUUAACAGUACCUGCCCUACAACAAAACCCACCUUUUGAAGAAUGAUACCCAUUUACCCGUAAAGUUAUGACACUUUAUUGCUUAUUCAAUUUUUAUUUACUUUUUUUCAUUGAGCACAUGCAUCACCAGUUGGGAAACCUUGGCCUAAAAUAAGCACAUACCCACCCUUAUAAUAACAACUGAGCACAUGCAUUAGCAGUUGGGAAACCUUGGCCUUAAAUAGGCAAAUACCCACCCUUGUAAUAAUAGACAACUCAAACCAUGUUUUAUUAGAUUAACCAAUGAUAUUGUGUUCAUGUGAGGAUGUGUUUUGGAGCUUAAUAUAGUAUUAGACACCACAAACUCAUAACACCUAUGAAUCAUGGCACAGACCGACACGAUUUCUGUAGCCUCUGGCUGGUCUGUGUGCCUGGAAUUUUCACAAACAUUAGUCCUGGAAACUGGAUACUCUAUUCUUCGACAGUCUCAUAGAACAUACGCAUGGAGACAGGGAUGAAUGAAACAGUUCAUGUGAUCAAGGACUUUUGUGUGUUUGUGGUCACAUUGUUUUGUUUUUUCUUUCUUUAUACCAUUAACCACCUUGACGUAACAGUGUCCUGCUCCUGAUGCAUUUGUUCCGACUCUCACCCCUCUUAGCUGCAAUAUUUUUUCUCCUUACAGCGACAGUUGAGCAUAGUGUCCAGUGCUUCUUCUUCUUCUGCUUGAAAGUUCUUGAAUGAAAACACAGGCAAUGACGAACACAAACAUAAAUAAUAACUGUGCCAAUCAUCACAAGUACCAUUUGAUUGUGGUGUCUUAACCAUAUUUUUUCCUAUGGCGUUUGGAUAAAUACCUACACACCUCUCUUCACAUCCAGCACACUCCUGAUUCACAGAUAAACACAAUAUCACUGCUGUAUCUACCAAUUUAACCCAAACACUCGUUAUUACUGCUGCAUUUACCAAUUUAAUCUAAACACUCGUUAUCACUGCUGUAUUUAACCAAUUUAAUCUAAACAUUAACCAAAACAAUUACAUUCCUAUUUACCACCCUUCUAUUUAAACAUGUAUAGAUAACCCAAAAUGCCUACUUUCUCUUAUCCCUCUUAUUUUUGUUUUUUGUUUUUUGAACUGCAACCACUCAUGCACUUUACACAGACACAAAUCAAGCACCUACUGGACAAUGGGGUUCCCUCGUUAGAGCCCUCCCACCCCAGUUUGGUUUACACAAAAAUACCCCCUGGUCCCUAUGGGUCAAUUCCCCCCUUUCCCAGGCAAGCAUACAUACAACAAUAAUAAUACAUAAGGGUUUCAAUUGCAAUACAAUCACUAGAAAUAAGAGAACAGUAUGCACAAAAUCAUAGCAUAGACAUGUUAAAUAGACAAUAAAAUAAAACAUUCAAUAGCUCAUCAAAGGUCAACAUUUAAACACUGGUCUCCAUCUGAUAUUCUAUCUGUGUUCCAAUGUCCACCCCUGGUUUCUGCUAUAUCUGAAAAAGGUAAGAAAACAGAUCAGGAUUACUUUUCCUUGUCACUUAUAGCGUAUACUGCCAAAUCCUUUACUUAGCAUAUAUACAUAUAUACACAUAUAAAUACAUUCCCUAAACUUUUCAUUUUAUAAACAAUUUGUUCAACAAGGUAACUUUCUUAAUUUUCUACUUGGCUCUUAAAAUAAACAAUCAGCUAAUAGCUGCUUUCUGCAUCUUCUCUGCAAUUCAGGAAACACAUUUCUAGCCAACCUAAACAUGUUUAAUAACUCUCCACCCUUUGGUUAAAUUAUAGAGGAGUGAACCACAACACCUCUUCCGCCUCUGAAAGGAUAUAGGUCAAUAUGUCUCAAAGUUCAACACUUCUGACAGCUAUGAGUGACUCCCUAUUAAUUUCUAGCCUUUCCACGGACAUGCUUGCACCUCGCGGCUAAGGGCCUGCACAACUAACCACCCUGUGAUGGCAGUGGCUUUCCGCAUGGGGGUGACCGCCCCCGCAAAAUUAUAGAGGAGCAAACAUACAGCAGCCUCUUUUCCGGCUUGAUUAAAGGUUCUGGGCCAAUAUGUCUGCAAUUUAACCAGUACACUCACGUAUCACUUAUUGUAUAUUUCCUGGUCUCUCAGGAAUUUCUAUUAAAUAGCGUAUCCCCUUCCCAGGGCAAUAUACAACAAAAACUAGUCACCAAGGGUCUCUACGGUCAUGAUAGGCCACCCUACCACUAGUGUAAUACGCCCUUUUUUUUAAAUAUAUUUCCUGGUCUCUCAGAGAUUUUGCCUAUCCCUUUCCCAGAGCAAUAUAUAUAAACAAUUACAAAUAAGUUACAAAACGCUACUUAUAAGUAAUACAGGGUUUCAAAUAAUAAUACAGGAUAGAACUGCACAACAACUAUUGGGUAUGCUCCCCCUUAUCCGGACACGUUUAAAUACCCCCUAGCUCAGGUUCCCCACCCGCUACUGUAACUAAAAUCACAGCCCACGUUAUGGAGGUUCACCCGCUAGGCAGAUACACCCUAAUUCAAAGCAUGGAAAUAUUAAAAUCAGUUAUAGAUGGCUUCUAAAAUAAUAUAAAUCUUAAUCUGAGCCCCUACACUUACUUUGUUAAAAAUGCUAACUUGUUAAAAUAUUCAGACUAAAUAGGACAAAGGAAUUAUUUUACCAUUUUUUCAGUUCAUUUGUUACCAGUUCCUGCAUAUGUCCAGUAAUUCCUUAGUCCUGGAUAAUAAAGCUGAAAAACACUCCACAAAUUGAUUAGCUUAGGCAAUUACAUUUACAAAACAAUGCAGUUUAUUUUUUCUCAUACAGGCAAGACUACCCACCCCCAACAAGGACAAAUUCUCCCCCAGCUGUAGCUGAAAAGCAUGGUCACACAGCUGUUAAAAAGGUGGUCUCUCCUUCAUGAGUCAAAAUCAUAUAUAUAUUUAUACUAAUAUUCUGUGUAUACGCACACAUAAAUCUAUUAUUCACUGAAUCUGCUUUACUAAGCGUAUCUUUUUCUUAACUACUAAUUUAAUACAUUUGUCCAAAUCUCUUUUCAACUAGACAAAUCCAUGAAUGCCAAACAAAUGUAAAUUAGUACACAAACAGGGUCAAAUUUAGCAAUAAAACCUGGUGAACUAGUUUAGUGAAAAGUCUUUUCCUAUGCAAAUGGUAGCAAACAAUGAAACUAGGCCUCAACUCAUUCACACCAUGUGGUCAAUGGUGGAUUAAAAUCCACAUGGUCAGACAAAAAGUAAAAUUGUUUUUUGUUUUAUAUAUAAAAAUGACCAAAGGUUGGUAAAACGUAACAAGCAACACAAUAAUUCAUCACUAUGUUCUACAACAAGAGAUACCUUAAAAACAAAUAUCUAAUCCCUAUCUGCUAUCUGCAUUCAUUCCAUUAAAACCAAAUCAUCAUUCAUUUAUUCAUUUGUAUACAGACAGACAAUUUACAGUAUGAUUUAAGCAAAAUGCAUAACAUUUAUAUUUUCCCCAAUAUUCAAGCAUAAUCCUGCCGACUACGCCAUAUGUUGUGGGCGUGACCUAAAUAUGAAUAUUAAUCUCUUAAUACAUAAUAAUUAAGCAAUACGGAACAACAUUAAUAUUUUUAUAAUUCAUGGUAUUAUGGUCGAAUAUGUGGAUAGAAAAUACACAAAACGUUGUAAUAUUAAAUGUAUAUUUAAUAUAACUAUAAUAAAUAAACAGAUGCUAGCGGAAUGUCAAUUUCAAUAAUUAUACAAUACAAUACUACACAAAACACUAUUGGUUGCUAAGGCUAUUACAAUUGCUAACUGUUACAAUACAAACAUAUUACUUACAAGGCCCCAGCCAAAGGGCUGGGGCUAAGUCAGAGCUGGUGCUACAUGAUCAGUCAGGUACAGGCAAACAGAGAGCUCGCUUCUCCUAACAUCUGGGUUUUAUUCAGUGUAAGUAGGCUGGCCUGUGAUGUCACUGCCAGAAGCACAGGUCUUCCUACACACUCCCCCUAGUGGUGCCCCCAAAGCAUUACACUAAAUAUGCUUUACUGACAUCUAGUGGUGCGUCUAAAGCAUUAAGCUCAUUAUGCUUUUUUUAUGACAAAAAGUCAUUAAUUAAUAAAUACCAUUACAGUAGAGAAGUAAAACAAGAGAUUAAAAAUAAGAAAAGGGCAUUUAAAGCAUUUAAAUCAGACAAAUCAGAGGCAUUCUAUUUAAGAUAUAAGGAAGCCAAUAACGCUUGAAAAAAGGCAAUUAAAGUGGCUAAACUAGAAAAUGAGACAUUGAUAGCUAAAUAAUGCAAAACCACCCCAAAAUUUUUUUCAAGUACUUCAAUUCUAAAAAAACAAAAAAUGAAAGGAAACAGAGUUGGGUUUAUUAACUAAUGAAGACCAUGAAAAAGCAGAAAUUUUAAAUAACAAUUUUUCUUCAGUAUAUAUUAAUGAGGAUCCUAUGGCAAGAGAUAUGCAAAUGAUUGCUGCAAACAACUUGCAAAUAACUUGUGACUGGAUAACUCGAGACAAGAAGCUUCAGUUAUUAAAGAAAAUUAAUGUAAAUAAAGCUCCUGGGGCCUGACAGUAUUCACCCACGAGUACUUAAGGAGCUAAGUGGGGAAAUAAGUGAAUCUCUGUAUUUAAUUUUUCAAGAUUCUUUUGUUUCAGGUGUUGUACCGGAGGAUUGGAGGAAGGCAGAUGUUGUUCCUAUAUUUAAAAAGGGUUCAAAAUCCUUGCCUGGAAAUUAUAGACCUGUGAGCUUAACUUCUGUAACUGGGAAAAUAUUUGAACGGCUAUUAAGGGAUAAUAUUGAAGAAUUCAUUGGGAAGAACUUUAUUAGCAAUAAUCAUCAUGGUUUUAUGAAACAUAGGUCAAGUCAAACUAACCUAAUUGCAUUCUACGAAGAAGUAAGUAGAAGUAUAGAUCAGGGUGUUGCAGUGGAUGUGAUCUACUUGGAUUUUGCCAAGGCAGUUCCUCACAAUAGGUUAGUCUUCAAACUAAAAGAAAUUGGUCAAGAUUAAUAUUCUUGUUCUUGGGUAGAACAUUGGCUUAAGGAUGGAGGACAACGAGUUGUAAUUAAUGGUACAUUUUCAGGCUGGACAAAAGUGGUAAGUGGUAUCCCUCAGGGUUCUGUUUUGGGACCACUUCUAUUUAACAUAUUUAUAAAUGAUCUUGAAAUAGGCCAGUAAGGUUUUGUCAUGUAUAAAUAGGGGCAUAAAUUCUCGGGAUGAAAAUAUAAUUUUGCCUCUUUAUAAAUCGCUGGUAAGACCACACCUUAAAUAUGGUGUCCAAUUUUGGGCGCCUGUUCUAAAGAAAGAUAGCACCAGAAAAAGUCCAGAGACGAGCUACAAAAUUGAUAAAAGGAAUGGAGCAUUUUAGUUAUGAAGAAAGGUUAAACAAAAAACAAAAUCUGUUUAGUUUGGAAAAAUGGUGCCUGAGAGGGGAUAUGAUAACUUUAUACAAAUAUAUUUGGGGCCAGUACAAACUUUUAUCUGGAAAUCUAUUCAUAAACAGGGCUAUACAUAGGACACAAGGUCACACAUUUAGGCUGGAAGAAAGGAGAUUUCAUCUAAGGCAAAGAAAAGUUUUUUUUACAGUAAGAGCAGUAAGGAUAUGGAAUUCUCUGCCUGAAGAGGUGGUUUUGUCAGAGUCACUACAGAGGUUUAAACUGCAAUUGGAUAAAUACUUCCAAAACAUAACAUACAGGGUUAUAAUUUCUAAUUAGUGGGGUAAUAGCUGCUUGAUCCAAGGAGACAUCUGACUGCUAUUUUGGGGUCAAGAAGGAAUUUUUUCCUAGUUUGUGGCAAAAUUGGAAGCGCUUCAGACUAGGUUUUUUGCCUUCUUUUGGACCAACAGCAACAAUAAAUGUGAAGAAGGCUGAACUAUGUAACUAUGUAACUAUGGAAAUCUGUGAAAGCCAAUAGGAUAGAACUUGUGUUGUGUUAUAAGCUUACAUGUUGUAUCAUGCUUUUACCAUAGAUGGCUAUUCAGCAGAAGACAUUACGUAUCAGUGGUCAGAAAUUCAGGAUCAGAUCCAUGGACUGGAUAAAAUCGAGCUUGCUCAGUUCACCAUUACCGGUUACAGAUUCAUAAAAGAACAGAUGAACUUUAAAUCAGGUAACAGGCAGUACCAUGGAUAUUUGGGACAGUAUGCUUUUAUUGUGGCUAGUCUCUUAGUUUGUGCUUAGUUUUUCUUUUCGAUAUUGAGCAUUUCUUUAUUGAGCUGUAAAAUCGAGCAUGCAAAAUUUACAGCUACUUUUUUAGACAUAAUCCUAGGAAAUUCAUACAAUUUCUGUGAGUGACCCUGUACUAUACCGUGCAAACUACAUUUUAACAGUUACUGAAGAUUGACGCUGAAGAUCUAGGAAAUUGUUUGAAAAAUAUCACGUUCUAUGUCCUCAGCUGGUCAGUUUCCUAGACUGUCACUCCGAUUCCAGCUGAGAAGAAAUCGAGGACUUUACAUUAUACAGUCCUACGUUCCAUCUAUCCUGCUAGUGGUUAUGUCUUGGAUAUCCUUCUGGAUCAGCCAAUCAGCUGUGCCCGCGAGAGUCUCGCUCGGUAAGAUUUCAUUAAUCUAGAAAUAAAAUCUUUGUUUCACCUUUCUAGACUUUUACAGUUUUUCACUAUGUAUUCUAUGCUGUGUCUAGAUCUGAACUGAAUAGGUUACUUGAUCCUGAUGACAAUAUCUCCUGCACUUGGAUUUUGUCCUGCAAUCUGUAGAUCUAUAAAAAAAUAAAAAAUACCUACCUACCAGUGAACUGGUCAUUAAAACCUUCUUUAUUCAUCAGAUGUCCUGCAACCCUUGCAGGCUCUUUGCACCGUACUCAGGAGGCCUAGACACUGAUUCCUAUUUGCUUCAUCCCAUGAACUUACAUAAACUUACAGAGAUCUACACAUACAUGGAGGGGAAUAACUGGGAAUUGAGGCGAACUAGGAUAGGGAAAGAAGGAACAAAACAAAUGGGGGGUUUAGAUUGUAUCUUAAAGGGACACUCCAUUGCAAAAAUAUUGUAAUUUUUUUUUUUUUUAAAUCACUGUUUGGUAUCUAACCAAAUCAGGAAGUAACAGGACAAUUUGUCUGAUUGACAGCUAAAGGGGUGUCAAAGGUUAGUCUAUAAUAAAUACGAUUUCUACUGAAAUCUAACCUUUUUGGUAAAAUGUACAAAAGAGGACACACCAUGCAUAGAGCACUUCAGCAAACUAAAGUGCUUGAGGGUUAGGAGUGUCCAUUUGAGUCAUUCCCUGGCUGUACAAGGUAUAACCCAUCAUCUAUUUUGAAAUAAAAUUCUCUACGAUUGCUAGUUAGAUCAUGAUAUAUUCCAUUUCCCACUGACUUUUUGACAUACUCUGAUGAUAAAAAUAGUUAUAAUCCAUUUGGUUUCUGUCACAUGGUGUAUGUUCAAGUACCAUAAAGUAACUUGUGCAGAUGUACGAUGUGGGUUUAGCACUAAGCAUAGUCAGCGUGCACUGGCAUUAUUAAAGCAGCUAUGAAAUGUUGCAGGUAUGGAAUGCUGAAAGAACAUUAAAGACUGCAGUUUUAGUUAGAACUACCUCUAGUUACUGUGUACCAGGCUGCCACUAAAUGCACUUCCUGAAGUUUCACUAAGUUUGAAACGAUGCUGACCGUCCUUACGCUUUGAAUGAGUACAUCCAGCAUGUUGAAAUACCCCGUAGGAAAGCAUUGAGGAAAUGGUUCCCUAUAGAGAAGGCCUGAUGUGCAUGCAGUGCUAGCCAUGCAGACGCAUUAGGUCCCCCCAUUGGCUGACGUUUGUGGGGGAGCACAAAUCAAGUAAGUUUAAAAAGGUUUUUUUUUUAAUCCUUUAUUUGACGCUAGGGGUCCACGAGGGGGUGGGCCAGAGGACACUAUAAAUUGUAGCCAAUUGAAGGUUAAAUAGCCGAGCUAUGACUAUAGGUGAGUUGAAGAAUGUUCCUUUAUAAGCGAUUGUUGCCUAAAUGUUGCCAGUCAUUUUUCAAUUCACUAUUUGGCAUUUCCUUUUUCAUCUUUAGGACAUUAAAUAACUAUUGAAAAAAAAGAAAACAUUACAUUUUUCAAUAUUUCAGUAAUAAUUUUCAGAAUUAUAUUUUUUAGCGUGAUUUUUAUUUUACAGGUAUCACCACUGUACUCACAAUGACAACAUUGAUGAUUAGUGCUCGAUCGUCUUUGCCUAGAGCAUCUGCUGUCAAAGCCCUUGAUGUCUACUUCCUUAUAUGUUAUGUGUUUGUGUUUGCUGCUCUGAUAGAGUAUGCUUUUGCUCACUACAACGCAGACUACAUGAAGAAGCAUGAAAAGACAAAGGCCAAUAAAAUGAACAAAAAGGUAAGAAAAAUCUGUACUGAUUUAACUAAUCUGUUAAUAUAUAUGUAAUAUAACUAUGCGGCCCCUCAGCCCCCUGUCUCUAAUGUAAAAGGUGAGUUUACUUACCUUUAUUCCAGCGAUGCGUGGGUCCACCGGUGCUGUCUGUGCCUUGAUCCACCUCCUUGGCUGAGAUCUUCAAAUUUGAGAAUCUCAGCCAAUCCAAUGAUUUCCCAUAGGAAAUCAUUAGGUGGCUAUUGUGCAUGCACGCCCGGCAAAAGGCUGCGCUGGACUAUCAGCAUCACCUCAAUCAAUGCAUCUCCAUGCAGAGCAUUCUCUUGUUUUUUUUCCUAAAAGGCUGUGUUUACAUUAAAAUGCCACCAGGAACAUGCUACAGACACCAUAACAGCUACAUUAAGCUGUAGUUGUUCUGGUGACUAUAGUGUCUCUUUAAGUCCGAUGUUUUGGAAUAUAAGUCAGAGAUAAUAGAAAAAGAGGGAAGGUCAAUUUUAACUAUGAAAGAAGAAGAAACAGAAAUGGACCUAGAGAUCAAUGUGCAUUAGUAGAUUUAAUAAGUCUAAUGGAGUAAAUGAUGAACUACUUAAUAAAUAUGUUGUGGAAACUAGAAAACAUUAAAUUCCAAAUCUUUCUUUAUUCAUUAAUUUCUACAUGCAAGAGGAUGAAUCACUUUCUUAGUAGUGUAAAAAGAGAUCUUUAUGAACUGGGUGAAAAUAAAUAAGAUGUACAAGAUAAUAUGAGGAUAACAGAAAGGAGCUAAAUUAGAAUAACAAAAAAAUAGGUUAAGAGUUUUUACAUAUAAUAAAGAAUUUACCUCGUUAUGAUAACUGUUGCCCACAGUGACUCCUGAAUCUCAUCACUAUCCAUCGCUCCCUUCCGAGCUCCCAUGGUCACACUUUGUAUCUUAAUUUUUCAGUACCCUGGCCACUCAUAAAAACAGAAUGUAUGUCUUUCAAAUCCCUUACAUUGAGUGUUGGGGUCUCUACCAUUCCUUACAUUAAUGUAGGGCCAUGGAACCUACAGUCACAGGUCACAAGUGGCAUCUUGUAAGCUCCGAUGGAGGGAUUGAGCCAUUAUGUGAAGAAAAUGUUAUGGACCUGAACUUCCUUAUGCAAGAACCUCAAUCCAUGACUCAUAGUCCAUCUAUGGACAUGUCCAAUGAGUUAAGGCUGCUUUGGGACCCACAAAAACUCUGCUUUCUUCUCACUGACAUUGUGGCAUCCUUAACAAUAUUGUGUUUUUUUGGUGGUCACAUACCUUGAAUUGUUCUUCAAGACCUUAAUCAUGUAAAGGUCAGGUUUAUUACUGACCCGUCUACCUUCUCCUAUGAGCUACACAUAUAUUAAUGCUGCCAUGAAUAAUAGCCUAGAAAAUAAAUGUAUGGAAUAAAUAAACAGUAUAAAUAAAUGCCCCUUAUUUUAACACUCCUGGAAGGGCUUAUACAUAUCUCAGAAUUAGGAAAGUAGUUGAUUACUAGUCGUUAGAAUGGCUAGGCUUAACAUAUAUGUGUGUAGAAGACACAAUUUGACCACAUGACAGGAGGCGAAUAUUUGCAUAAUUUUUCUUUACUAAAACUUCAGCAGCACAGGUCAAUCAAAACUUUUAAACCAAUCAGAAAACAAGAGUCACCGCUAUAAAUAGCCCUGUGAUGCGUUUCCACUUCCUCUUUCUUUGCUGCUCAGGCAGAAUACAGGUCAGAGUAUUACUUCACUCACUUAUUUACAAAUUGUCAGUUUUUCUGUUUAUUCCUUAUUGCUUUUUUUAUUUCUCCCCUGUCCCUGCUCCUCUAGCCCUACCCUUUUUCCCUCCUUUCUGCCUGACUACCUUUUCUGAAUUACUGUCCACCCGCGGCCAUUUUUGCUUGCGUGCGGGUGUUUGUUUACUAUUCCGGGUAGCGGUGGGGUGGAGGGGGGUGUUUGGGUGUGGGGGCACCAUGGACUUAGGGGGCUUUGUUUUUGUUUUUUUCUCCGCUGCUCGCACGGACCACGGGAGUUGUUCCCACCAGGUCCUCGCGCGGCGGCCAUCUUGGAUUGCAGCCGCGACUACUAAUUGCGGCCUUGUUUGUUCUGUUCCCUUAAAUAGAGUGGGUAUUUAUCCAGACAACCGGGGAUACACCAACUACAGCCUUCAACUCUCCCUCACUUAUGAGCUUUUAUUAUUAUUGUGCCUGUUACAUACUGAAUGCAGGGAUAUAACCUGCAGUACUAUCAGGGUGAGCCAUUAACACUAAAGGGACCAGGGCUGUUUAGGAACCACAACCCUUAUUGGGAAUCCCACAUUUUUAUACACGGUUUUAUCCAUUUCACUGGUACCAUCCCCACAGGGGACAUACAGGAUAUACAACUCCUGCACUAUUGGAAGCUUUUAACGUCUCCCACCAAUUCAGGGUUUCACUACCUGACACCAGCCGCUCACUGUUACCGGCAUUGAGAUUUAUUCUCACUAUAAUUGGGUCUUUCUCACUCCUUAAGAGAUCUAUAUUACGCCUCUACGCAUACCCCAAUUGUACUUGCAGGGGCCUCCCGGCAGCCUAUGCGGCCUGCACGGAUACUAAUCUGUGUACUCUCCUUCACAGAUACUGCAAUAUGAGUGAUACACCACCACAGACCCAGGACUUCCAGUCCAUGAUUAACGCUGCAGUCGCAGCAUCAGUAGAAAAAGCAAUGCUCACCCAACCUCCUCCUGAGGUACCCAACAUGCCCUCGGACACAUCCCCUUCACAGGGUGACGAUGCGGCAGGAUCCGAAAGAUCCAUUGGGAGCACAGCCCCUAUAACAAAACGCCACAGACCUGGCGCAACACCCGUCUCUAGGCCUAAAGGAAAAGAGCUGGUAAAACGCACCAAACGAGUGCUGAGGCCUGAACCCCCCCACCGGCACCCUCCUCGGGGGAAGACGAGUACUACCCUCCGGCUCUGAAUAUAUUAAAUGAAGGGAGAGCGGUUGAACCCGCAUCCGAUGACGGGGAUGACUGGCACGAUCUUCCUCAGGACUGCGAAUAUGUGUCUGGUGCUCCCUCUCUUCAAGGGUUGACGCACGACCUCUCCUCCCAGGAGGUCAACGGCCUUUUUCUGGACUCCCAAGGUUGCCCUUUGUUUGAUCCUCGCACCAUUAGACACCUGAGGUCCUCAGAAUGGUCCCUACCUGAGCAUUUAGCACGCUUCGUGCAUUUCUGGAUACGCAAAUGCCGAAUGCCCGCGCCCCAUCCUGCCCGAUAAGAUGGCAGUGACCCCUGAAUUCAACCAAACAGUGGUCGUAUUCAUGUCCCGCACGGGACGGGAUCCCAAGAAGGGUGUUGAGAGAGGCCUGAAGGCCACGCAGGACAAGCUGCUUGAUCUCCUGGGACCUUUGGCAAAAAUCCUAUAUUUCGCAGAUGAGGCUUUGACCUCAGAAGGGGUCUCGUUUUCGAUUUCACGUCGCACGAAAACGUUUUUGCCUUUGGUUUUUUUAUCCGUUUUUUCUGGCUUCACCCCGUCUUUGCGUGGUUAGAACUGUUAUCCGAUACGUGGAAGUUACAGCUCCGUUCCGGAGUUCCCCCUCGGGACAACUACUCAUUUCCUAUGUCCAUCCGCACGCGCCUGUUUCAGCUACCACCCUCGCUAGAUGAGUUCGAUGGUUGCUAUCACUGGCGGGCAUCGAAUCUACGUUUGGGGCGCAUUCUGUAUGCGGGGUGGUGGCCACGAACGCUUUUUCGACGGGUGCUUCUCUGGCGAAUAUUAUGCACUCGCUGACUGGUCUCGUGAAGAGACUUUCCGUAUCUUCUAUUUCCGUCCUACUUCUCAUGCUUCUUUCGCUCUUCUCUCAUAGUGUUAAAAAUGCAAAUAUGAAGCCUCCUGUCAUGUGGUAAAAUUGUAGAUUAUGCUAACAUAGUGUACCUAUAAUCUUAAUUUUAGUAAUGACAGGAGGUGAAUAUUUCCCACCCUUCCUCUCCCUAGCAGGCUUCUCUGUCCUUUUCUACCUAUGUUCUACUGUUGCUUGCGCCUUUUCAUACUUCAUUAUAGUGACAUGAUUUUACAAACUAACAUGAAUGUCUAGAGAUUUGUCACUGGGGUACUGAUGAAAUAUGACCAUUUCGCAACCUUUCACCCUUUUCUCCUCUUUUGCAGUGUGAAUGCUGGUACCAUACGGUGGAUUUACUCUUCGCACCUUGGUCGUUUCAAGCAGGGUUUGGAUUACUUGGGAUCCACAUCGUUAUAUGAGUUAUGAUUGUUGGACUUGUUCACUGGACUGUUAGUUCGCUACAAAGAAAGAGGAAGUGGAAAAGCAUCACAGGGCUAUUUGUAGCAGUGACUCUUGUUUUCUGAUUGGUUUAAAAGUUUUGAUUGACCUGUGCUGCUGAAGUUUUAGUAAAGAAAGAUUAUGCAAAUAUUCGCCUCCUGUCAUUACUAAAAUUAAGAUUAUAGGUACACUACGUUAGCAUAAUCUACAAUUAUGAGACGAUUAGAAAACAAGCCAAACUAUGGGAGUAAAAAAAAUAAAAAAUAAAAAAUAAGACAGAGCCAAAUGUCAAGGGAAACCGUGGAUCAGAAAAAACUAUUUUAUCUGAAAAUGUCUGUGUUUACCCAUAAUGUGCUAGUCACAAAUCACAUUGUUCUUGUAGGUGAAGGUGAGUGUAUAUAACUUAUACUGACAAUGCAUACAGGUUAAUUUAAAAUGCUAGAGAAACCAGUUAUGCAGCCAAUCUGCUUAAUUUCUAUUUCUAUUUGUAAUUUUAGGUGAACAUCAGAGAUGGCAGAUUAGCCAUUGCAUUGUUCUCCCUUUCAGUAAUGGGAAUGAAUCCAGACAUUUCGAUGAUCAACAGUCAACACAGGCAAGAUCAAAAGGCAACGAGCAGCCCCAUAAACACCAGAGAACAUCAGAAAAAUUUAUUCCAAGGUUUUAGACGUGAAAAAAGCAGGCUGAAAUCUUUACUGAAGCCAAUAGACGCAGAUACAAUUGAUGUUUAUGCCAGAGCUGUUUUCCCAGCUGCCUUUGGUGCAGUUAACAUUAUCUACUGGUUGGCUUAUAGAAAUUAAAUCAGACAAAUUGAUGUAUCCUCAGCCGGUCACAGAUACAAGGCUAAUGUGUGUAUGCUUUUCCAUUCAACUCCUUGCGUCAAACUUUUAAUGAAAACCACUAAUAAAGACACUCAGUUUAAGUUAUUU